AUGGACAAAUUUGGCUCACAAAACCUUUGCUUAGUUAAAAUCUUCUUUAAUCAGGCUCCUAUUCUAAUACAACUUGACACUGUUAAGGCGUUCUUCUUUGAGGUGGAUGCCUCCAAUAUCACUUUCAGUGGCAUUUUAUCACAAAGAGGCAAGAAGAAUCAAAAAGCUGAUGCCCUGUUCACGAUGUAUGAGGAACCAAACCAAGGAACUGACCUUCAGAAUACCUUCUUACCUACACAUCAAUUCCUUGCUGUGAGUUUGUCUCUCUUAGAUCAUAGCAAAGGUGUAGAUAUUCCACCACUUUUUUAUUCUCUGCUUGCCAAACAUUAAAUAUGGUACCAUGAUUCUCAAGUUUAUGUCCGUCCAUGCUAGCAGCCAGAAAUCCUUAGCCUGUUCCACAAUACCCUUCUGGCAGGCCAUGAUGGGAUUACACAGACAUUAGAAGGGAUCCAUCACUACUUUUGGUGGCACACUCUCAAAUGUGAGGUCUGUGCUCAAAACAAGACUCCAAGAACUAAACCGGUUAGUCUCCUCCAGCCUUCAUCUGUGUCAACGGUUUCUUGGUCAGGUAUUGCUAUAGAUUUCAUCCUGGAACUACCACAAUCGCAUAAACAAGAUACCAUUCUGGUCAUCAUGGAUAAGUUCGUGAAGAUGGCUCACUUUGUACCCACCAAUGGUCUUCCUACGGCAGCCAAGAAAACUUUCUUGUUCUUACAUGAAGUCUACCAUCUACACAGCACUCCACGAUCCAUCAUCAUCGACUGAGACUCUCCCUUCACAUCUUGUUUCUGGUCUCAUUUCUGUCGACAUCUUAGAAUCCAAAGUUAUCCAUCUUUGACAUACCACCCCUAGACUAACAGUCAAAUGGAAGGCACUAAUUAGACCUUAGAACAAUACCUCUAUUGUUUUACCACCUAUUUACAAGAUAAUUGUUUGCCACUGCUUUCCAAUGCAGAAUGUUUGUAGAACAAUAAUAUACACCAAUCAAAUAAGUGCUAUCCAUUUGUUGCUAAUUAUGGUUAUCACCCCAAUGGCCUUCCUGACUUACCCUGUCCUACCACUGUAUCUGAUGUAGCUCAACAGUUGAAUAAGCUCAGACAAGACAUCUACUGCGUCAAAUCAUGGUGGCUGUGCAACAAGAUUACAAAGGACCAACUGCUCGACACCAAAUGGCACCUUUCUAUGUGUCUGGAGAGAAGAUUUGCCUGUCCACACACAACAUUUUUGAGCCAGCUCUUAUGGGGAUUUGUGCUUUGCCCUCCCUGGUUCCUGCCCUUCCUUCAGUAUUAUGACUUCCUGGCUUUUGACCUUUGGCUUUGUCUGAUUGUGAUGCUAGCCUACUCCCAUAUUGUCUUCUAUUUCUUCUAUAUUAAAGGCCCCCGAGCCCCAUCAGUCCUUCAUGGCACUCCAUGUGCAUCUAAGGGCCGUGACUGUAAGGAGUUUGCUGUUCCGCUGCAAUUGAGUUCAUCCCUAAAACAAACUAACUGGUAGGUUGUUACAGACGGCAAUGAGUCUAGGCACCGAAGCAGCAAAGUGUCCUUUAAAAGUAAUUCUGUGCAAUGUGAGUUAUUCACUAAAGGAUUACAACAAGCACCAGGACCACUUUAGUAAUAUGGAAUGUUCUUGGUGCAUGAAUUCUGUAUGUUCAGCGAUUAGCUGUAAAAACGCUGCACAUACUGAGUUUAACCACUUUGCAGCAAUGCUUUUCUACAGGGACAGCCUAAUGCGCUUGUGGCAGUUGCCACAAAUGCACAUUAUUCCCCUUGAUGACAUAGAAGGAGGCAGAGUACCGAUGGAGUACAGAAAGGUUUUUUUUUAACACUGUCAAUGCCUGGGGCAUGUGGGAGUGGGGGCAGAGGAAACUAUAGUGUAAGGCAAGGGUUCACAAUUAUUUUCUUACAUACCAACAUUGUGGAACCCCCACCAAAAUUUGCGCCAUAGCGUAAACCUGUUUUAUGGUAUUUAUAUAUAUAUACUCAUUUACUCAUUUCUACAGAUAGUAAACAGAUUGUAGUACUUAGGAGCAGAUGUGCUUUUGUUUGUAGAAUUGGCAUUUAUAUAUAAUUUUUUCAUUUUAAUACAGGGGUGUGUUUGUAUGUAAUGUUUGCAUUUGCGUGCAGGGGUGUGUUUAGAUGUAGUGUUGGCUUUUAAAUGUGGCUGUACAUUUGUGUGUAGCAUUAGUGUUUGAGUGAAGGGUAUGAGUAUGAGUGUUUGUACAUAAAUUUGGAGAUUUAAUUCAGGGGUGUUUUUGUAUGUCAUGUUUGUGUUUGUAUUGGUGUCUUUGCAUGUUGUGUUGGUGUUUGAUUGCAGGCAUGUAUGCACAUACACUGUACCACAUACAUACAUACGCAGAUAUACAUACACAUUAACACACAUACACACACAUAUAAACACAAUGACACAUACACACACACUCAGAUACACACAGUGAGACAUACACACACCCCGACACACAGAUAUACACACUGGCACAUACACACACAACAAUACACACAUACAAACAUAUAUACACACACACAGAUACACACACUUGCACAUAUACACACACUCAGAUACACACAGUGACACAUACACACACAUUGACACAAAGAUACACAUACUGGCACAUACUGAGAUAUACACACAUACACGGACACACACAGAUACACUCAGUGACACAAACACCUUGAUACACAUACUGACACACACACAAUCUGACAUACAUGUCGUUUUUAUAUUUGCAGCCACCCUCCUGGUAGCUAACCUGUUGUUUCCAGGAGUGUGGCUUGCUUGGGUUCCUGGUGAUGUUGGCUGAGGCUAAUUGGAGUAAGUAUGCAGCUAACUGCCUUUUCAGACCCUUUAAUUUUUUUAAACACUGCCUUUUCAGACCUUUUAUUUUUUUCUCCUACUAUUACUCUUUUGCCUUUUUGUUUUAUGAAAGCAUUCAGCAGUAACAUCAUUGAGGAUACAAAAAAGUGCAAAAAUCAAGAGAAAUAAAUUGCGGCAAAAAUUAUUAGAUUAUUUGGGGCACUAUUUUCUUUUUCAUGUUUUUUUUGAAAAAAAUUUUUAUAGGGACUUAAUUUAUAGAUGCCUUUAUAGUAUGUAUAGGAGAUUAUAUUUGGGGUGUAUAGGAUUUACAUGUCUCGUAGUCUACCUUUGGAUUUUCUAUUGAUAUACUAUGAUGAUUGUUGUGCUGUACUGUUUUUGUAUUCUAUUACAUGUAUACUAUUGGUUAUAUACUUGAUGUGUUUUAUAUAGUGCAUAAUAAUAACAAAAAACAGAGCAAUUUGCUAUCACUGUUAGAGUGGCGGAUUUACCGUGACAGGGGAAAGUGCUCCUUUUUUUUUUUUGUUUUAACGCGCCAAAAAAAAAAGAGAAAUUCAAAUUGUGAAUGUACCUUUCUGUUCUAGUGAUAUUAUUAGUUUAUGUUGUGAAUGUCAUAAAUGUAAAAAUAUAUUUAGAAAUCUUAUGACUGACAGCCAAUUUCUAUUGUAAUCUGAAAAGCAGAGGACACGGAGGACAAACUCUUCGCAUGAAUGGGUAUCAGCUCCAGGCUGGAGUGUCCCUUUAAGGCAGGCUUCCCCAAACUCUGGCCCUCCAGAUGUUGCUGAACUACAACUCCCAUGAUUCUAUGAAUGAAACAGACAGGCUGAGCAUCAUGGGAGUUGUAGUCCAGCAACAUCUGGAGGGCCGGAGUUUGGGGGGUGGGGAGAGCCUGCUUUAAGGUGUUUACGUGUCCCUUUAAAUGUAUCAGGAGCUGUUAUUCCCUAUCUUUCCUGUGGUGCAGCCACAUCCCUCCCCCUGGGGCUCCGCGCCCCACACGUUUCCAUGGUUACCACCCUCCCUGCCCUCAGCACCUAUACCGCCCACACCCUGCCAACAGCUCAGUAACAAGCCUCCUGUAAGCCACGCCCCUACGAGCCUGCACGAACGCGACGUCACUAGUGGGCGGUGUCUUGUUAUGGGCGAGCCCGGCCCCGCCCCUUUCCUAGCCCCAGGGGCAUUCUAUAUUGCAAGCUCCAUCUUGGCAGAGCCUGUCUCCGGAGCCUCGUCCUUGCAUUGCGGCAACUGUCAGUGACGCACGACACCCCACCAGGUGAGGUUCCCCCCACUCUCCCUCUGCGGGUCCGCUUCUGAUAUAAAAUUAGUUCGGGGGAUAGGGGGGUACUGCCAGCCCUCUGUAUCCGCCUAUUAGCUUACUGCAGAGCCUGACCCAUAGCUAGACACCUUUUACUUUAUCGAACUACAACUCCCAUGAUGCUCUCCCAGCCAGAGUAGUGCAUUAUGGGAGUAGUACUUUUACAGCAGUUGUGGGUAUAACUUUUUGGCCUGACUUGGCUUUGGUCUGAUCCACUGUGAUGGUGACAGGAGUGUGAAGGCAACUUUACUGCCCUUUUUUACUUCUAUAACUACAACUCCCAUGAUGCCUCUUCCUCAAGACAGGGAGCAGAGCAUCAAGGGAAAUGUAGUUCUGUUGUGUAACUUUUUUUGGCUAGCCCAUGUCCAGUGUGACCCACUGUAGUGCAGGAAAGAAGAAGUGAGAUUCUAGCUUUAUCUGGUUUGCUGUUUUCAGAUAGAUCUCCAGAACAGUUUUAGUUUAACAUUCCUAUUUUUUGUUUUUACUGCAUUUCUGCCUGGAUAUCAAAGGAAAUGUAAUUUACAACAGCCAGUGGUUAAUUUAAGGGGGGGUCAAAAGACAGCCUACCUACCAUCUGGUAUAAAACUACAGAUACCUAGUCUGCCUGUAUUUCAUUAUUAUAGUUGCUAAUAAUUAUUAUUUUUAGCAAUUGUUCCAACUUAUUCUGCAGCGGCUUACAAUUGGAGGAAUACAGGAGAUACACAUACCAUUAUCAUUAGUAUUUCUAUAGAACCACCAUAUUACUCGGCUCUUUACAAUUUAUAUAGUGGGGCUAUUAUAACAAGUAAUUGAUAGGCAAAACCAUGUUGACAGACUCUGGGUGUGAAGAGAACAGAAUGGAAAGAUUAACAAAAGAACAUGGCGCAAUUGUAAAUUGAGCAAUUCCUGCGCUUUUAUACAAAGUACUUAGAUGGCUUGUGAGCUUACAAUCUAAAAUAGGUUGCAAGGGGUAUUUUGAAGGUGAUGACCAUAGAUUAGAGGGCAUAUGCAAAUACCAUGUUAACCAUGUUAAAUCUAGGAAUAGUAGCUGGAGAUUGACUCUCAUUCCUACCCAGUGUUUGUGUUGGCCAAUAUUAUGUCAUGUUCAGUAUCCUGUUGUAAAAAGUGGAGGGAGUUGCAGCGUUAAGUGUGUGCAAUAGUUGUCAGGGUUUCCGUCAGAUUAUUUCCAGUCAUGCCUAACCACACCCAAAAGGUUAUAUGGAUUCCCCUAGGGUGGAUUGAGGUUGUCGAACGUAUUUCUGUGUGUCUGCUCUUUGCAAUUACAGCCCCUAUUAUUAUUAUUAAUUUUUUUUUUGCAUUUAUAUCAUAAAUUGAUGAUAUGCACUGCAGACAUGAAUGUUGUUUAUUCACUUAAAUGAAAUGUGAAGAAUUGAUGAGAACUAUGAAAUUUAGGAAAACCAUAACAAGGCUAAAAAAUAGCCAAUCUUGGGAAUGUCUUUUUUUUUUUUUUUUUUCACACUGGUUAUUUUGGCAUGCGAUAUGUAAAUGUAUAAUGAAUGAGAAGAUUAACUCCUGUCACCUUUUUGUGAUUCUAUUUAAUUCCUCUUAAACUCAUGUGAAUUAGCACUGCAUGUUUAUUACAGUAUAUAAAUGUAUAAAUACAUUCUUCUGUUUGACUUUUAGGUUCUACUCUGACUCUAAACAAAUACAUUGCCAUGGCAUUUGAUAACUCACACAUGUACCUUUUUUCUGCAUAUCACAAAUAACCUUAAUUACCUUGUUUUUCCGUUUCUCUUUUUCAUUAAGCUUUAACAUCUAUUCUUUGAUUUUAGCACAAACAAUUGGCUACUUAAGUUUGCUAUUCGUUAUGGUUAUUUUUGUGUUUUUUCAGUAAGGUGGUCCUCUAGUUUAAAACCUGUAUUGUAAAACAUUGCCAUUUAAUAGAUACAGUAAUGCUUACACUGCAGAGUUAAAGCGGUUUUGUCAGCCCCUCCUCUAAAAUGAGUAUUUCAUAAAGAUGGAAUCUUUAUGAAAUACUCAUAUUGACUAUGCUGCUGUUCCACAUAUAUUCUAACACAGUCAAAAAAUAUACUGAGACAAAUUAGGACUGCUUUGUCUCUUUUUCCUCCAUUUCACAAAAGGCAGGGCUACCUUUUGUCAAGCUUGUUGUCAUAUCCCUUAGCUGGUCUUAACAGGCUUAACCUUAACCUGCCUCUUGUGCCUCUAGUAGUUGUCCAUAUGAAAGUCACAACCACACAAAUAGUGUAGUAAAACUCCAUUAUUUCUAUUAGAUGGCCUCAGAGAUGCAGUUUGGUUGUUGCAGUUCUGUCUUUCAGCACAUGUGCACUGGCCUUUCAGUACUUUUCUAGGGGGAAAACAUUGGAUUGGCUGAACCCCGCAAUCUCGAUGUUUCUCAGCCAAGAAGGUGGGACCAGCUGCUGAUAGUGCAGCGUGGGAUGCAAGGUGAGUUAACUUAAAGGGACACUGUAGUCACUAUAACCAUUUCUUCUCUUUGAAUUGGUUAUAGUGCCUGGAGUGCCCUGGCACUGCCCGUCCAUUCAAUGUUGUACAAUGUUUGUGCCGUAUGCCACAAAAUAAUAGUCCCUGGCCACCCACAGUCCCGCCCCUUAUUUAUGUGUAGCUAAGGCAGAGAUUACACUUCCUUGUUGUCAUACACAUUCAUACCGUCAGUUGGAGCUCUGACAGGCUAAAAGCAGUCAGCUGACACUCUCAGCCAAUCACAGCUGCCCAUUGCUGCUCAGGCUAAUACUUCCUUAUUAGCCAAAGAGGGGAUGGACUGCCAGGGACUCUUGUUUAGCAUUAAAGGACCACUCUAGGCACCCAGACCACUUCAGCUUAAUGAGGUGGUCUGGGUGCCAGGUCCAGCUAGGGCUAACCCAUUUUUUAAUAAACAUAGCAGUUUCAGAGAAACUGUUAUGUUUAUUAAUGGGUUAAGCCUUCCCCCAAAGCCUCUAGUGGCUGUCUCAUUGACGGCCACUAGAGGCGCUUGCGUGCUUCUCACUGUGAUUUUCACAGUGAGAGCACGCCAGCGUCCAUAGGAAAACAUUGUAAAUUGCUCUUGCCGCGCGUGCGCUUUCAGCCGACGGGGCGGAACGGAGGAGGAGAGAAGGAGGAGAGCUCUCCGCCCAGCGCUGGAAAAAGGUAAGUUGAAACCCCUUUUCCAGAGCCGGGCGGGAGGGGGUCCUUGAGGGUGGGGGCACCCUCAGGGCACUAUAGUGCCAGGAAAACGAGUAUGUUUUCCUGGCACUAUAGUGGUCCUUUAAAACAUUAAAAACUGUUUAAUGCUGAAAGAAAUGAUGGUACCAGGGGACUCCAGACACUAUAACAAGUUUUAAUGAAAUGAAGCAUAUACAGUGCCAACGGUGUCCCUUUAACUCUCAUGGGUAAGGCCAAGUCACCUAAAUGGUGACUAAGACACUAUGCUGUUAGGAAUACACAUUGGUAUUCUUGACACUGUAGUGUUCCUUUUAAAUAUGCUUUUAAUGGCUGUUUUCCAGAGUCUAGCUUAGUUCUCACAGCUAACAUCCAUUUCAUUGGAAGAGUAUAGCACUGGAAUUGCAUGUGCUUUUUGUCCCCAAUGCUCCUCUAUGAGGGCAGUGAUACCUCAAAGCAGAAGUGCAGUGGAGGUAACCACCACCCCUUUAAUUUCUUCACUGCAUAAUUCUCCUCAGUAUUUGCUGAGAUGCUAUUUACUAGGGUGAAGGAAUGAGGAGUGGAAGUUUCUUGUCCCUUCACCCAGGCAAACACUGUUGAAGCACUUGCUAGAGUUAAUGCUGCAGCGGAGGCAAGUUAAAAACACAUUGCCAUCACUGCAGUUCAGGGUGAUGUCAAUGUCCCAUGAUGCUCUGAUCUGCACUGAAAUGCUGCAUGAGUUCAUAUGUGCUCAAACACUUCUAUAGUGUCAUGUGUAUACGUGUCCUUUAGUACAGCAUUUUGAUGGUUUAGACUAAUUUGCAUGGAGGCUGUGCUGGAACAGCAAGGCAAGUUUUGUUUGUGUAUGUAGAUCUAGAGAGAGAAUUACUGAAAAUCGAUGUCACAACCCAUAGUUAAAUUAUGCAAUAAUCUCUAAUGAUGGUGUUUUAAUAAGGACAAUACUAUUCCAGAUUGGCAAGGAAAAAAAAACCAUACAUUGCAAUAUGUUAAAGGAACACAAACAUGUAUUCCUGACCCUAUAGUGUUAAAACCACCAUUUAGGUGACUUACCCCCUUAAAAGGUAAGAAAACUUACCUUAUUUCGCACCCGAUCCCCAUCCUUGGAUGACAUCAUCAGAAUUCAUGAUUUUCAACAAUCCAAUACUUUCCUAUAGGAAAAGCAUUGAAUUAGCUGAGAUCUUUAAGGAGGUGGGGCAGGGGAGGAGGCCAAACACCAGCUUGGCCAAUCAACAUCUCAGCAUAGAGAUGCAUUAAAUCAGUGCAUCUCUAUGAGGAAAGUUCAGUGUCUUGAUGCAUGCAGAGCGUGGAGACGCUGAACGUAAGUGCUGCACACUGAGCAACACUGCCCCAGGAAGCACCUCCAGUGGCCAUUGGAGGUGCCCUGAUGGAGCUGCAGCUCCAGGCCCAUGCCCAUGGAAUAGGCCCAUUGCUAAAAAAAAAAAAAAAAAGUAAUUAAAGGACCACUAUAGUGCCAGGAAAACAUACUCAGUUUUCCUGGCUCUAUAGGGUCCUUGCGUCCCCCUCACCCUCGGGCGCCCCAUCCUGCCGGGCCCUAGGGUGAGGAAGGGGUUAAUCCCUUACCUUUUUUUACAGCACCGGGCUCCCUCGGCGCUGGGGACUCUCCUCCUCCUUUCCCUGUCAUCGGCUGAAUGCAUGAGCCGGGCGCACAUUCAGCCAGUCCAUAGGAAAGCAUUCUCAAUGCUUUCCUAUGGACGCUGGCAUCUUCUCACUGUGAAAAUCACAGUGAGACGCGCGGAACCACCUCUAGCGGCUGUCAGUGAGACAGCCACUAGAGGCUGGAUUAACCCUAAAGUAAACAUAGCAGUUUUUCUGAAACUAUGUUGACAGCAGAAAGGGUUAAUCCUAGAUGGACCUGGCACCCAGACCACUUCAUUAAGCUGAAGUGGUCUGGGUGCCUAUAGUGGUCCUUUAAUCAAUAAGUAUUUAUAAUAUAUUUUUUUGUAUUUUACUACUCGUCACAUGUGGAUGUAGGGAAACAAAGCUUGUGUGGACUGGCUGACAUAAGGUAAAGCUGACUUUGCGCACUAUGCAUAUGCUCUUGCUGCUUCAGUUUUUCUAACUCCGUGGCAUGUUCCCUUUCUUUUACACUCACUAGAUACACAUUUUCUCUGUCCCAGACUGUGUAACAGGAGUUUCUGCCUGCUAGUAAGAAGAGGAGUGGACGAGUGCUAGGGGAAAGUCCUUAGAAAGUGUGGAGUGAGCACACCUUUAUACGCAUUUAUGCCGAGCUCAGGGUGCUGUCUGCAUAGUAUGGCCAUGAUUGGCAGGCAGUCCCUGUGAUUGUCUAUAUCAGAGAAUUGGGCAUCCCAGGUGUCCGAUCUACAUUCACCAUUUUUGCCAAGUCAACCUUGCAGUGAAAUGUCUGGGGUGCAAACUGUAGACCUCAUUGGUCUAUGCUCUAUAUAAUGACUUUCAUUCCUACUAAAGAAUUUUAACCUUUUAAUAAAUAAUUUUCUCUGUUUCAGACAGUCUUUUUUACAUAUUUUGACUACCCUGCAUUUAUCACUUUAUUGUUCAUGUGUAUGCCCCCUAUCCUAGAAUGCUGAUGUAUAUUGAUUCCUCUGUAGCUAUAUACCUGCUAGUUCUACAAGUACAAUAUGCAUUUAUUAUUUAUAAAGCACCAGCAAAUUCCAUGGUGCUGUACAAUGGGUGGACUAACACACACAUUCCAUUGUAUUUUAAUGUGAAAUGUCAUGAAAUCACUGGGGUGUUUGUGUUUUGUGGUCUUUUCCUUUUCCCUCCCUUCCAUUUUAUUUUAUUUUACUCCCGGGAGUUCUUACGCCGGGAAGGUUGCUUUUUGUUCCCACAGCCAAGAUGGAACCAACCCACUAAAUUGCUCUAUGCACAAUGGGUAAAAUUUAACUGGUGCUUCCCACUCCUGGAAAAGGAGUUCUGUAAAGAUGAACCACAGGUAGUCACCUGCAGCUGCUAAUCCUCUGUUAGAAUAUGAUUGCUAAUCCUCUGCUAGAAUAUGAUUGCUAAUCCUCUGCUAGAAUAUGAUUGUGUCAUGAGUAGACGGCUGCAGGGCUACGUACCCUCUCUUUACCUUUAAAGGAGAACAGUAACUUUUUUAAAAACUAAAAUUAAUGCUCUUCCCACCCUCCCCAUGCGGUAUGUAAUGUUGUGGAUGUUUGGGGACAUUUUGCUGCAGUUUUCUUCUUACCUGGGUCCUUGGUGGGCCCAGAGCAUCAUGGAAUGGCCAGUGACAAGCAUCAGAAUCUGGCAUCUGGUCCCAAAGUGAAGUAAAAAGCAAGGUUUAGCUGUCUUGCUACCCUGAUUGAGAUCAGUAAGAUUGAUGAUUUAAUGGGUGGUAAAUCACUGCACCAAUCAAAUACUGUCCUGGAGCAACAUUUGAUUGAGGACCCUGUUUGACUUUUUGCAUGGGGAAGACAGCCACUAGAGCAGUGAAAUUGCAAAACUGCUGUUUUACGAUGCAGGGGUAACACUCUAGUUGAAGUGGUGGGUGUCUUCAGUUGUCCCUUCAUUUUAUUUUCACACCUCAAAUACAUAUGUUAAAUAUAGGGAUCAUUAAACCUAUUAAAAUCAGUGAUAUGUGCACAGUUGUCUGAUUUAAAAAUGGCAUGUUGCUUUUUAAAGAAAAUGGUCGAACUGCUUAUUUAGGGAUGUUGAGGGAACUUUGCAUACUAUUCAAAUGAUGACGUGCUGUAACAUAAUCCUUUGAAUGUCUCAUUUCAUAUUCCAACAAUUUGCAGUGAGGAUGAAAAAACAAACUGUAGCCAGUCUUUGCUUUAAUUAGCUUGAAAUCUCUAAUCUAAUCAUCUUUAAAAGCUGGUUCCUGGAGAGGGGGAAGUGCAAAGAAUGCACAAGUCAAUAGAACUGUUCUUGUCUUUUCUUUUUGGUGGUUGGGGGAAGGAGGAUAAUGAAAGUAGAAUGGGACAUGUUUAAAGGGGCACUAUAGGCACGGAGUCCACUUCAGCUCAUUGAAGUGGUCUGGGUGCAAUGUCCCUGUCCCCCUUAUUCCUACAAUGUAAAUUGUUGCAGUUUUAGAGAAAAUGCAAUAAUUACAUUACAGAAACAAGACUGCCUCUAUUGGCUGUCCAUCAGUAGAUUGGAUCCCACAUUGUAAUUGUGAAGUGUGUACUGGUAUGCAAGAGGUGGCUACUGCUGGAGAAAUGUUUUUGUUUUGUAGCUGACUGAGCAUCAUGGUAGGGGGUGUUGGAAUGCCAAAGGUGAGGCGGCAUGUAUGUGUUUUGUAUCAACAAGCAAGAGAAUAUUGUGUGUGUGUGUGUUGUCCGGUAAUCUAAAUUUCACUCCUUCUUUCUCAAGUUUAUUAUGAGAUCCGCCUGGUCUACACUGGUGUUUUACAGCACAGAGCUGUUAUUUUAGUUUGUUCAAAAUGAGAAUAAUUUGUUGUUGUUUUCAUAGACCCUGAAUAGUCACAUCAAUAGAAUAUUAUUUAGAAUCCACAUAUUUAUAGUUUUAAAGCACCAUUUUAAAACUCAACUGAACUGUUCAUUUGAUUAGCAGUAUCUUUCUAUUAUUGGUAUCUGCCAAACUUGGACACAAGCAGGCAAUGUGUUGUAUCUCCAUUCUGUAAUUGUGUGCACUAGAAAACUGGCCCGCAACUAUUUAUAGAACCAUGAUGAACCCGCAAGAAAUUUCAAUGUGUUUUGCAGUGAGAGAUAUAAAUAGAUAAAGGAUUUGCAAUGUAGGGGUCUGGAUCAAGUUCUGUUCCUUAAAGGACUCCAGACCCAUCUCAACAAAGUGGUUUAGCACCAUUGGCCUUGCCAUUUUAGUCCUGCAAUGUAAAACAUUGCCAUUUUGUAGAUACGGCAAUGUUUGAUUGCAGAGCUAAACACAACUGACAUCCACUAGAGCAGUGGUUCUCAACCCAGUCCUCAAGUCCAGGAUUUAGGGAUUACCCAGUUGUGUCUAACCUGGACUGGUAGGGGGUACUUGAGGCCUGGUUUGGGAACCCCUACACUAGAGGGAGCUUCCGAUGAUACAACAAAGUUAGACUCUGGUAUGUUACAUUCAACGUCCUCGCACAUUGUAUGAGGACAUUGAACGUUCUCUAAUGCUGAUCAUAGGGAAGUCCAAAACAUCUGCAGUGCUGACGGUUGCUUAUCCCUGGUACAGACUGCAGAGCAAGCAUGUCAAACUCGUAGCCCACAAGGGACAUCUUUGCGGCCCGGCGAGCCGCGAGUACAUGCUCGGUGUUAUAGCAGAGUAGGCACCUCCUUUCCCCACAUUGCAGGUGCCUACUCUAAAACUUACCCGGCCGGGGAGGAGGGCCAGCAAGGGAGCUCAGUGUUACUGCUCCUCACUGCUCCCUCGCGCGCGCCGUUUGUAGUGAAGCCUGGCGCUGGAAUAUAACAUCAUAUUCCGGCACCCGGCAUCACUAAACCGCGCAAGGGAGCAUAUAGGACGCCAGGGAGAUGUCCCACAUCAGCUCCAAAAGGUAGGGAGCAAUAAAGUAGUGUUUGUGUCUGUCUGGUUUAGUGUUGCAUUGGCUGCGACAGUGGAGUACCUGGAGGUGCAUGGAGGCAUGCAAUGCCAUGUCACAUUCCGACGUGACAUCAACGUGCUCCACCUUCACAGGGUUUCAAGAAGUAGCAGAUCAGAUUUGGCACAGGGUGCGGACGGCGUCAUUUGGGGUAUACCAGAGGCCGGACUCCCGAGUCGCAUACUGGCAGCGGCAAUGUGAGUGGAGUCUGCUUGUUGGCCACAGGGGGUGCUGGGAUUUAGUAGGGGGGUGUACUGGGAUUUAGUAGAGGGGAUGCUGUUGUUUUUUUUUUAAUUUUUUUUAUUUUUUUAAAUACUGGUACAAUGGUCUACGGGCUGAAAAGACAUUCCACUGGCUUAUAAGACAUUUGCAAUACCCAGCUUUAAUAUUACAUGGUGAAUAUAAGCCUAAGAGAGUAAACUUUUUUGCAAAAAUGAAUUUAAAAUGUCCCCUGACAAACAGGGGAAUCCUUGGGAAAUGAUGAUCCUUAACCCUUUAAGAACCCAUCCCUGAUGUACAUUAAAGUGAUUGCCAAACAUAUUCCAAGGGAUCAAAUAGCAGAAUACUGAAUAUAACACAUAGCAUAUUCUCAUAUACAAUAUUUAGGAAAAUUCACUCCUUUCCCAAGGAAUGUUUAAACCAACUCCAGUGCACUGAGUCUGAAACCUGAAAAUUUGUUUUAUAAACCAGACCAGGAGUAGUGAAUUUUUAGAGUAGACCAAAAUAAAAAAAGAUUAUUAAAGUUGUGCCCUGAUGAUACAAGCCGCUAGUAUUCACAAACUUUAAAUCAAAGUAAAUUUUCCUUUGACAAAGUAAAGCACACCAAUGAACAGUCAGGCAAUUGCUUCAGAGAGUUAAAUGGAGACUAUAGUCACCCAGACGACUUUAUCUCAUUGAAGUGGCCUGGGUGCAGUGUCCCAGUCCCACUUAGUCCUGCGAUGUCAAUCAUUGCAGUUUUAGAGUAACUGCAAUAAUUACACUGCAGGACUAAGACUGCCACUAGAGGCACUUCCUAGUGGCUAUGGACUUGGAGGAGACCAAGUGCCGAUCUCAUGCCGAAGGACAAAGGCUGUGGAACAGAGUAAGUGACUAAAAGGUUUUGGUUUUUAACCCUUUAUGAGCUGGGGGCAUGAGGGAGUGGGAGACCAGAUGGCACUAUAGUGUUAGGGAUACAGAUUUGUAUUCCUAACACCAAAGAAUCCCUUUAACUGCUCAUGGGAGUCAAUAAAUGGCCCACUCUAUGCACCUUUGAUUUGCAAGAUUUACUAAGCUGUGCACCUGCAAUUAGAAAUACAAACAAAGGUUAAACACUGUCCUUUAACUUUAAAACAUUCGUUGUCUUUAUCAAUGAGGAGAUGGUACCUGGCUGAAGAAAUACUGUUUGCAACCUUUCUCACGUAUAUGCAUAGGUGUGCAUGCAUUAAUCACUAACUGCUAUUGAACAUUACUAGCCUCCGUUUUGGAAAUCUGGUAUCCUUCUCUCCAGUGGGAGGGGUACCCAGACAGGUCCAUCUAAGGUGGUUAAUUGCUUAUCCUUAAACAUUUAGGUGGAGAACUCUUAAUGCAAAGGCAAAAGGGAGCAUGUUUUUCUUGCCUUCAUUUAGGAAACUAACGGAGAGAAUCAACAGUUUAUAAUAUAUACUUACCCAGUGCAACAUAAUUUGUUUUGGUGGAAUUGGGCUAUAUUUCUUUUUAGCUCAUACACAGAUCAUGUAUCCCCAUUAGUAAGCAAUUGAUUGGAGGAUCUGAGGAACAGUUGCCCUGCUAGUCUGCUUGCACAAACCCCUGUUGACAGCCAUAGUUGGUUUUAAGCCCACCACGCACAUUACCUUGUUGAAGAAAUUGACUAUUCAACAUUUUUUUUUUUAAUGGAAUUUCACACUAUAUAGUACUGUUGCAGCUCUAUUGACUAGGAAUUUGUGUAUAGCAUUCUCCAUAAAUGCUGCACAAGGCCUCACUAUGCUGGUUCUGUGUUUUUAGCUGAUAUUUUUAAAGUAUGCUCAUGCAUUCAAUGCAUUAGGCCUCCAUAUUAAUCUUUUUUAGGUUAAAGGAACACUAAAGUGCCAGGAAUACAAAAAUGUAUUCCUGACACCAUAGUUCUAAUAGCGUUAUUUAGGCCCCUCGGAAGAGUAAAAUGUGAGUUUACUCACACUUAUUACAGUGCCUUGCAGGUCUCGUUGCGGCUGGCCCUGCUCCGCCUCCUUGGUUGAGGUCAUCAAAUUUGAUUCUCAGCCAAUCCAAAGCUUUCCCAUAGGAUAGCAUUAGGUGGCUUUUGCACAUGCGAGGAAACAUGUUGCACUGUCCAGUCAGCAUCUCGACUUGAAUCAAUGCAUCUCUAUGGGGAACAUUCGGUGCCUCCAUUGCAGAAGCACCUCUAGUGUCCAUCGGAGUGUCUGCCACUAUAGAUGUUCUAGGCAGGGAUGUAAACAUUAAAAUGCCUGCAGGGACAUACUAUGUACACCAGAAUAAUUACAUUAAACUGUAGUUCUUCUGGUGACUAUAGUGUCCCUUUAGGUUUAUAGUUUCAAAGGUUAUAGAAAAGGCAUCUUCCAGGAGCUACUGAUGGGAAUAGGUCUAUGCCAACCUGCCUGAUAGACCAUUAAUUCCUGACUAGAACAGUGCGAGUAUAUCGGCUAUUACAUGGUUAAUAAAUGCUGAUCUGUUUUAGUAUUGCCCACUGCUUAUUUAUCAUCUCGCAUGACUUAAUUUUGCUGUGAUAACAACAUGUGGCGGAUGUGAUCUGGUGACUUUAAGAUAUGAAUUACUAAGGAUGCAAAAUGAGUCAAACUGCAUGCUCACAGAAUGUUUAACAAACAUUAUGAACUUUACAGGCCAAACUUUUCCUUCCAGCUUUUUAUAGGCUGCACUUUUCAGUCACUCCUGAUGAAUGGCGCAAACUAAUAGACUACAUAUGAAUACAUUGCUUGGCAUGUCAUAAGGUGUGUGUGCGUUCUAUUUAAUUUAUUUUCUUUCUCUCUGCAGAAUGUCGUUCCCAUAUCCUGGCUACCAAGGAUACCCAGGGUAUCCGGUGAGUAUUUGUUACAUCCAAUUGUUACACCUGCACUGUAUGAGAUUUGUCAUGGCGUGUGUGUAGUGGUCUAGGAAAACAGCCAAAAUAAUAAUAAUGAUUAUUAUUAUAAUUAUAAAGUUUAAUGGUGAAGUCUAUAGUUAUGCGUUUUAAGAUGACUCCAGUACUAUGGGAAAAGUUGUGUGAGUGUGUAAAUGAGGGCAAAAUAUGUACUUGCCAUACUACAGUAAUAUACUUGAAAAGGAAAUGUAACAAUAAUUCCCAGUCAUGCUCACCAUGAAACCCUGAAUUAAAGAAAAAUAGAAGUUAAAGCAAUACUAAAGCAUGUUUAUGGAAUAUGUUGUGGAAGUAUAAGGUCCCAUUGUAAUACCUAGGUACUGGCUGUUCUCACCUAUGCAAAGUAGUGAAGCAAUUAAGCUUCAAUUUGUGACAAUUAAACUGGUGAGACCCAGCGGUGAUAGACCAGGAAUAGAAGACUGCUGUGAUGGUAGAUGUGGCAAUACCCAUUGACUGUAAAAUUAAAGAGAGAACAUGAGCAGGCAGACAAAUGCCAAGGACUUAAAAAAUAACUAGAAGAAUGUUCUAUCCAUCAUUUUGGCCGUGGGGUGUUUGCCACAGAAAGUAGUGACAAUAUGUUGGCCUCUUGGUGACAGUAAAAGGUUCAAAAUAGAAUGGCGGAGUCCCUGAGUAGAUUGCCCAGGAAGGCAUUAGCUAUUAUUUGGGAUUUGGGAGUUGACCUUGCCAGACAGCUGCCUAAAGUCUCGAGAAACUGCUAAUAAUUACCUAAAGUCACACCAUCAUAAUUGGGAUGCUCUAUACGAGCUUGUAUGGGUCGAUCGGUUGGGGAGGUUUUUCAGUUAUGAAGCAAAAAAGUAUGUAUUGACAUAUAUUUGGAUAUCAUUAUUAUUAUUAUUAUUAUUAUUAUUAUUACUCAUAUAGCGCCAACAGAUUCCAUAGCGCUUUACAAAAUUACAAGGGGGGGGGAUUAUCUAUAAAUAGGACAAUUGCAAGAAAACGUGCAGGAACGAUAGGUUGAAGAGUACCCUGCUCAAACGAGCUUACAGUCUAUAUGAGGUGGGGUGUAAAACACAUUACGAUAGGGCAUAGCUGGAGGAGAGAGUAGAGUGCUGCCCUUCAGGAGAGAGCAAGAGACAGGUGUGUAAGGUAGAGGUUACUCUGGGAGGCCAUACGCUUUCCUAAAAGAUGGGUUUUAAGGCACUUCUUAAACGAUUGAAGACUAGGGGAAAGUCUGAUGGUGGUAGGCAGGCUGUUCCAUAGGAAAGGAGCCGCCUGUGAGAAGUCCUACAAGCGUGAGUUGGUUGUAUGGAGAGACCAAGAAGGGGCAUACCUAUGGAUCUGUGAAGAGAUAGGGGCUAGAAUUGGUCAAUGCUUUAUAGGUUAGCAUUUUAAAUUGAGCAUUCAUUACAGACUGUAGCGGGGUAAUACGGUUUUUGGGAGGACCCAUUAAGAGAGGGUUACAAUAAUCCAUGCAGGAAAUUGGUAGAGCAUGGACAAGCUCUUUGGUACCAUCUUGUGUAAGAAAGGGGCGGAUGCGGGCUAUUUUUUUAAGAUGGAAUCUACAGGAUUUGGUAAUAUGCUGGAUGUGAGGCCAGAAUCAAAUAUGACCGCAAGACGGCGUGCUUGCAAGGAUGGACUGAUGUGGAUACCACCGACUUAAAGAGAGAGCGGAAGAAGAGGAUUAGUAUUAGGAGGGGGAAAGACAAGGAGUUCAGUUUUAGAAAGCAGGAGGACAUCCAUUCAGAGAUGGAGGAAAGGCAAGCAGUGACACGUUGCAGGACGGCAGAGGAGAGGUCUGGGGAGGAGAGCGCGUACAGGUGGUACAAAUUAAGCAAUAUGUUUGCCAAGAGAGGCAGUAUAAGGAUAAAAUAGAAGAGGACCAAGGACAGAGCCUUGGUGGACUCCAACAGAGACCGGAUGAAUUGAGGAGGUAUCAUUAGAAAAGGAGACAUCAGAGUUUGCAGGAAUCUAUGAUCUGCAAACUUUCUUUGUCUUAGGGAUGAGCAUAACCACCUAGCAAAGCUAGUGGGUAUGCGGCAGCCUCCCAGAGUCAAAUUCCAGAGCUGAAAAGCUUGCGCUGUGCAUCUUCACAGCAUUUCAGCCAAUCAGGUAAUCAGGAGAGCCGUGCUGAGCGUGGGAAUCCUGAUUGCCUCAGAUUUUUAAAAUUGGGAAACUGUGGAUGGUUAGCACAUCCCACAAAGUACUAAGGAUAAAUAUUGCCCAAAGUGUAUAGGAAUAUAAUUAAACAUCUAAACACAAAAUAAAACAAUUCAAGUAGCCAAUAGUACAGGGGAACAAGAAAAAUGUUUGUCAUGAAGACAUAUAAGAUAGACUUGGAACUUUGUAUAAAGCAGCUGAGCUGACAACAAGGCAACAAUGUAUAGCAAAGGAAAGUAUCAAAUGAACACUGGAACCAUUCAUAAUACAUUGCAACAAAAUAAGUUCCAUAAAGAGAAAAGAAAUGUUGUAACAAGUCCCAGCAAACAGAUUCUUUAUGCAGGGAGUCCAUGAGAAUAUCAUACUGGCGAGACUACUAGCAUCCAAUCCUCCUACUUAGGUGGAUCCUUGGUUUGUUGGUCUUGUCUUGGAGUACGGCUAUAGUCUGUAAAAAAAAUAAAUAAAAAACCAAACCCCCCCCCAGAGAACAGUUAUCAAAAGGCUGAAUAAGCACCAGAUAACCUUAUGUUUUAGAAAAACAAACUACCACCAGCAGGCAAAACCCUUAACUUAGAGUUAUGCUCAUCCCUAAGACAAAGAAAGUUUGCAGAUCAUAGAUUCCUGCAAACUCUGAUUUUGUCCUCCGGGAGGCAUAACCACCUAGCAAAGCUAGUGGAUAGAAUAGCACACACCUGGUGGUAGUCCUAAGAAACUGAAGGCGUUCAACUUCUGAAGGCCUCCAGUAAAAUCUAACAAAGGUUUUACUGGACAAAUAUCUAGCAGCUUUCAAGUAAGUAGGGAGAGGAAGACCCUUUCCUGCUGCUUUGGUAGCCGAGGCUCCCCUAAUUGAAUUGCUUUUGAACACGGAAACAUAAAUACCAGCCGAAGACAUGGCAGAAAGUAUCCAGCCUCUAAUUGUAUUAACCUUGGCUGGACGAAAGGGAUUCCUUGAUGUAAUGUAUUUGACUGAUAUUAUUUCUAAAUACAGCAGAAAGUUGUAAUUACGAUUGUAACAAACUGACUAAACAUAAGCCUGGUUCGGAAAGGAUCUUGAAUAAAUCCAAUUCUACCGGACCAGGAGAAAAAUGGGAUGUUUUUUGUCUGCCUUUUAGUAUAAUAUGGAAACCUCCCGGGGUCCUGGACAACCAAGGAUCUGAAAUAUGGAUUUGCGUUAACUCUGCUCCUCUAGCUGCCAGGGCCAAGGACAGCAGAGAAGCCAACUUAAUAGCAGUCCAUCUUAACCCCUUAAGGACACAUGACAUGUCAUGAUUCCCUUUUAUUCCAGAAGUUUGGUCCCUAAGGGGUUAAAUCAAUUUUAGCAUUAUCCAAAGAAUUAAGGAAAUUUAAUAAGAUGUCUACAUCCCAAGUAGAUGUGUAGCGUGGGGUAUAUGGGCGGCAGACGGAUAACCCUUUUAGUAAUCUCAAAUACAGGGCAUCCUGAGUAAGGUUGGGGGAUCAGGAAGUUUAAAGCAGAUCCACAGGUCUUGAUUGAACUGACAGAUAAACCAGAAUGGAACUUAAGGGUAAGAAAUUCUAAAGCCAAUGGAACGGUAUCAGAUCCCUGUGUGUUAGACAGAAAAGAAACCUCCCAUUCUUUGAAUUCCUCGAUCAUCUUUCUAUAUCUUACCCUAGUUCUACGUCUUAAAGAUGAGUUAAUAAUAUCCAAGACCUGAUACAAUAAAAGGCGAUGUGUAAACAGCCUAUCGGGGCUGCAAUCCACAUCAGCUGCGGGAGCUUGAGCAGAAGAUCGCUGGUUCCCUGAAAGCAGUCCACUUGACUAACUGAUGGAUCAGGGGAUUCCAGGGUCUGGAGGUCCAUACUGGAUAAACGAGAACUAAGCUCUGUACCCUGUCCCUGCGGAUCUUCUCCAGCACUUUCAGUAAAGAUGGAGGGUGGAAAGCAUAAGGGGCUGGAACAUCUGUCCAUUGGAAAGACGUUGCAUCCAUUUUCCAAGCUCCCUUUGUCCAGGUCCGGGAGACGAAGUUUGUGCAGAUGUUUGGGAUGCAAACAGAUCUACCUGUCUCUGGCCAAAAUUGCUUUCUAUCCAUUGGAAUAGAGCAAUCUUUAAUUGAAUAGUUGCCAGGGACAAACUUUGGCGAGAGAGAGAGAGUCUGCAAGCUCGUUCGCCUCUCCCGGAACAUAUUCUGCGAAAACCUGAACAUUGCCUGCUAAAGCCCAAGACCAAAGAUCUAGAGCCUCUAAACAAAGACCCCUUGAUCUUGUGCCCCCUCUGUGGUUUAAAUAAGCCACCGCUGUCCCGUUGUCCGAUUGGACUUUUACCGACGUUGGUUACUGGUUUAGAGGAACUAGACCCUGGAGAGCUAAUUUUAUAGCUCUUAACUCCAAGAUGUUUAUAUGGAGGUGAAUCUCUUGGUCUGACCAAAUUCCUCCUAUGGCGUUCUGGGCUGUAAUCGCACCCCAACCGUGACUUGAGGCAUCUGACGUCAGAGUGACUGCCACAGGCUGCUCUAACAGGGGACUAGGAAGUGGAAUUUCUAACUCCAGAAUGGACUUCAACUCUUCUCUGACCUUCUUGGGGAGAACAAAUUUUGAUUCCCAGUGGCUGCCCUGUCUUAGUCGAUUCUCUAAAAUCAACUGACUUCUUCUGCAAAGUAAGGGGGAAUUGUUGUAUGCUGGUGUUAAAGCUAUUAAUUUCCCGAUAAUCUUUGCUAGGUCUCUCAAGGACCAACUCUGGUGCCUGAGGGAUGACGUCAGAUGUACCAAUAAUUUGUCCCAUUUGUCUUGAGGGUUUCCUAGCGACAUAGUCCUGGUGUUCAGUAUGAAACCCAGAAAGAAGAUGGUUUGAGUGGGAAUUAGGACUGAUUUCUGUAAAUAUACUACAAAUCCUAGGUCUUGUAAAAGGGAAGCAAGGUAAUCCCUUUGAGAAGCAAGGAUUUCCCCAUCUGGGUGCAUGAGCAGGAUGUCGUCUAGAUAGUACAGACACAUGAAACCUUUUAGUCUGACUUGAGCUAUUACGGAUUUCAUAAUUCUGGAGAAUGUGUAUGGUGCGUUGGAUAGGCCAAACACCAUAACGGUCCACUGCCACACUUUUUUCCUUUCCACUGAAACCUGAGAAAACGCCUGUUUCUUGGCUAUGGAGACUAAAUGGAAGGCAUCUUUUAGGUCUAACUUUAUGCAGAAAAAAGCUUUCUGUAGUAAGCCUGGAAGAUCUGAUAAACCCUCCAUCCUGAACCUUUUCCUUUUGCUGAAAACGUUCAGAGACCUUACGUUUAGGACCGGUCUCCAGGAACCGUCUGAUUUUUGGAUUGGUAACAAUGGGCUGACCCAUCCUGUAAUAGACAGGUCUGCCAACUCUAUCUUCCCUUGACUUAAAGCUAAGGAAAUGGAGGCAUCUAGCACUGGGUGCAAAUUUCUGGACUGGGAACCUUAAAAGGGGGAGUUGUAAACCCCUUUGAAAAAUCUUUAGAACCCAUUUGUCUGAGGAAAUAUCCUUCCAAUUUAGUGGCAUAUGAGGAGGCACACUUACUUGAAUGCAUGGGUUUUCUUUUGGAAGCUGAACCGCCUCUGGAAUGUGCUCCUCUGCCACCGCCCGGGAGCUUGUCUUCCACUAUAGUAGCGGUACUGGGCCUGGUGAGAGGCUCUUGCAGUCCUAUAGGGGCGACCCUCUGUCCGAAAGGGCUUUUUGUAGCCAGGGAUGGACUUCUUGAGUUCUGAAAAGGAUCUCCUUGCCUUGUAACGGUCUUUAACCUCCUGAAUGAACGAGGGACCGAAUAGUUAAGACUCCUCCAAAUUUGGGAACUCAUGCGAUUUGGGGGCUAGGUCAGACAGACCUGCUGCAUGGAGCCAGUGGGAUCUGCGGAUGAUUGAUAUGUAAUUAAAGGAUUGGCCAAUAAUUAGCACUGCCCUGCCAGAUCCUUUUAAAAGAGCCAUCUUAGACGCCAACAGAGAUGAAGCAGAAGGUUUCUGAGCAUUGCCUUCUUUUUCUGCCUUAUCCAGCAUCAGUAAUAGUGGGCCCACAGCAUCAGCAAUUUUGAACUGUAUAUUGCAAAAAGUCUGGUCUGUGGGAUCAGAGGAUAUGCUGCUUCCUGUGAUAGAUAACAGGGCAGGAUCUACCUCUGGAGCCAUUAAAGCCUGAAUGUCCAGGAUACCAAUGUGGUUCCUGAGGAGACGGUCAUCCUCCUUAACCAAGGGGGAUCUGAAGGCUAGUUUAGCGAAAUCUCUAACCUCAGAAUCGUGCUCCAUAGCACAUCUGGAGUGAAAUAAUUUUGAUGGGAGAGUCUUUUCUUGGAGACUUACUCUGACCAUCUGAACAUUGCUUAGCUUCCCUCGCUCAGUGGAAGCUGCUGAACGUACCACUUCCUCGGAUUCCCAGUCUAUUUCUGGAGAGCCAUAUCUGGAACUGGAACGGCUUUGGGAGGAAGAAUGAGUGAACGCUCUAGAAGAGGAAGGAGAGGGACUAUCUAACCUCCAACGAGAUUUGUCCUUUUCCUCUGAAAGGUGUUUCUGGUGCUCAAACGAGGGAGACACGCUAUUUCUUUUUUGGGGUCCUGUCCCCUUAAUUUUACGCUUACUCAAACGAGUAUGCGGGUAAGGAGGAGCAGUGAAGUUUUCCUCAGACAAGGAACUGGCGGGAGAGACCAGCCGCCUUCCUUUAUUCUUUUUGCUUAAAACUGGGACCAAAUCCUUCUCAGAAGAUGAAGAGGAUAGAUCCCUGGCAAGGAAAGCUCUCUUAUGGAGCUUUCUAACAUUGAUGGGACUGCCUUUAAAAGAGGCAUCCACUAAAUCUGUGGCAGACACAGAAAUAGUCUGCCAUUUUAAAAAUCUGAGGCAAUCAGGAUUCCCGCACUCAGCACGGCUCCCCUGAUUACCUGAUUGGCUGAAAUGCAGGUCUGGCAUUGGACUCCGGGAGGCUGCCGCAUACCCACUAGCUUUGCUAGGUGGUUAUGCCUCCCGGAGGACAAACUGAGCGUUUGGAGAGAUAGGAGGAAAACCAAGAGAGAACAGUGUCACAGAGACAGUGAUUUGAAGAGUUUGAAGAAGGAGAGCAUGAUCAACGGGGUCAAAGGUAGCAGGGAGGUCAAAAAGUAUUAAUAUGGAGUAGUGGCCUUUUGAAUUUGGCUGCAAUUGAGUCAUUAGUAACUUUGAUAAGAGCAGUCUCAGUAGAGUGGAGGGGGCAGAAGCCAGAUUGAAGAGGGUCAAGGAGAGAGUUGGAAGUGAGACAUACGGGUAAAGACAAGUCUUUCCAGAAGCUUUGAUGAAAAAGGGAGCAGGGAUAUGGGACAAUAGAGUGGGUGGAUGGGUCGAGGGAUGUUUUAUUUUUUUUUAUUUUUUCAGGAUAGGUACUACAGUAGCAUGUUUAAGGUCAGCAGGGACAACACCAGAAGAUAGAGAGCAGUUGAAGAUUUGUGUUAAGGAAGGCACCAGACAAGGGGAGAGAGAUCUGAUAAGAUGAGAUGGGACAGGAUCAAGCGGGCAAGUGGUGGGGUGAGAGGAAAGGAGAAGUGCAGCCACCUCUUGUUCAGUAGCCGGGGAGAAAGUCUGAAGGGUAGGAAAGGCAUGAUCUACGUGUGGUUGAGAAAGAGAAAGGCAGGGUGGGGAGAAUUCUUUCCUUAGCUGUUCAAUCUUGUCGGUAAAGUAGCAUGCAAAGCUGUAAGGUUAGUUUGAGGGGUGACCACAGCAAGGCGAAGAAGAGAGUUAAAGGUGUCAAAGAGACGCCUGGGAUUACGGGAGCAUGAACUAAGGAGAGAGGAAGUAUAGUAGAAUAACAUGUCAGUUGGACUGUUCCUAUAGUGCAGCUAAAGCAUAGAUGGCAUUGACAUUCAUAUAAUAUAGAAGUUUUGUGUGUUGAUAACCAUGUAAUGUAACAAUGAGUAUAUUGAACUGACAUAUUAACCUGUAUACACAAUGAUGCAUACAGACAAAACACUUUCCUUCAAGCAAUAUUCUGCAUACUAAACACACACACACACACACACACACACACACACACUUCAGUGGGUUUUUGGUUAAUUCCAUGUAUAGUUUUGUGCUAUUACAUCACACCAUUUGAAUCCUUAAUUUGUAUCCUGAUUUUUCUUUAGGGUGGAGACCCUUCCUUCCCACCAGGUGGUCAGCAACAGCCUUUCCCUGGUGGGCAGUUUCCUGCUGCAGGAGGUGGUGCUUACCCACCAGCAUCUGGUGGGGGGUUUCCAGCGGCAGGUGGUUACCCAGCUCCUGGUGGCUAUCCUGGGGGCAUGCCUUCUUACCCUGGAGGUAUGUUGCUUUUUAAUAAUUAAAAUUUAAUUUUGUCUUAAUAUUGUGUCCAGUGUGGUGGGGGGGAAUAAAAUUGUAUUUAAUUUUUGAACGGUUUGUGAGUAAUGUUUAUAAAACUUUGUUUCUUCAGCUCAAGGUUUUGGGGCACCUGCUGGAGCACCAGGAUACGGUGCUCCUGGGGCACCUGGCUAUGGAGCACCCCAGGCAGGUAGUGGAUUUGGUGCACCUGGAUAUGGGGCCCCUGCAGGGGGCUUUGGAGCUCCUCAAGCUGGUGGAUAUGGCGCACCAGGUGCCCAAGGUUAUGGAGCACCUGCAGCUGGGGGUUAUGGAGCACCUGCAGCUGGGGGUUAUGGAGCACCUGCUGCCGGAGGUUAUGGAGCACCAGGUGCACCUGGUGGGGCACCAGGAUAUGGAGGAUACCAACAACCUGGUGUACAAAGCUAUGGUGGUGGAGGACCCGGCCAAAUGCCAGGUUAGUUUCGGAGUAAAGUGUCCGUGUGUGUGUUUCCUCUGUUGAAAUUUCCCAUCCCUGCUACAUGCUUAUAAAGUUAGAUGUAUUUUAUUUUUCGGAAUAUAGGAAGCAGUUUUUUAUUUUUUAACCCUAGAAUAUGGGGACAAAAAACUGCCUACGUCCUAUAUUCCCAGUGUCCUCUGGCACAAGGUCUAGUUGUCCAGAGGAAAUGGAAGCACAGUAUUCCCAGUCACUCUGUGUAGCAUGGCCUUGUAAACCGUGGUAGAGGAUCUUCUUUAUCCUGUCUGACAGAAAGUUGCUCACUGGGGGUUUAAGAGACACUAAGGGUGGGAUAAGACGUUCAAUUGAUUUUUAUUUUUUCUUCUAAAUUUCUAGUUAAAAUACAUGGGCAGGUCUUAUAUUAAGUUCUGUUGUGAAGUCUAAAAAUGAUGGUACAAAUAUUCACGUGUGUGACUAAACUUUUAAAACAUAAUGUUCUGGUGGCUUAUUUUUGCUGCCUAUCCAGACAUUGGCCUUUUAACAGUAAAGCGUGUUUGUGUGUUGGGUUAUAAAUAUACGUGUAUAUUUAAGCGAAGUGUUAGUGUGUAUAUGAGGAUGUGGGAAAGCAUACCCACUUGUUUCUUUAUUCCAUUUCCUUGUCACUCACUUCCCUAAAGUGGUGCAACAACUAAAGGACAAAAAAAAACAGCUGUACAUUUCCCAUAUGAACCUGCUGUAUAGGGCUUUGUUACAGGUCCGUCCCCCCGUUUCCCCCCCCAUGGGAAAGUAUAGAAUAAUCUACAAAUGCACAAGCAUACCUAUUUUAGAGGCAUUAAUCUACCCAGAAGUGUAUUUUAUUUUAAGCCAUGUUAUUUAGCAUGUUUACGCAAUGCAUAUUGUAUAGUGUAAUGUGCAUUCAAUUGAAGGUUAUUACAAAUCUAAAGUUACAGACCAUAAAACCGUUCCAGUAACACAUGAUCUAUCUGCCCACCCACUUGGUGUGAAAGAAUCAGAAUUAUGAUGCACAAGUGUAGGAUGGAAGGAGGGAACGUUACACUUUGACGAAGAGAACUGUGUAAACAUUCCGAUGUAUGGAUGCAGAGCUGUCUUGCAAGCUUGGGGGGAAUCUGCUAAUAUUAAAAAAAUAUCAAUAGACCAUUUUUCUUUCAUUCUUCUUUACAGGUGGUUAUCCAACCGGGCCGGCUCCAGGCCAGGCUCCUACGGUAGGUUCCUUCUUUUAGUUGAAUGAAUAUAUAUAAUCUUUGUCAUUCUUUGUCAAAACUGUACUAAGCACGUCAGGGUGCACAGGUAGUGCGUUCUUUGCACAGGUCUAAUUGAAGUACAGGUCUUUGCCCACCUGAAGUUUGUUCUGGGAGGUGCCACAAAGGGUAGUUGAGAAUGACCUGUAUAAAAUGAUGUGGAGCCUUCAGAUCCAGACAGACAAGCCGGUACUUGCCAACCAUAUAUUGUGGUGAUAGACCAGGAAUGGAAGACUGCUGUGGUGGUAGAUGUGGCAAUACCCAUUGGCUCUAAAAUCAAAAAGAAAGAACAUGAGCAGGCAGACAAAUGCCAAGGACUUAAAGAAUAGCUAGAAGGAUGUCGAUAGUGAAGGCAGUAGUGGUCCCAGUUAUGAUAGGAUCACUCAGGGCUGUAACACCUAAGCUGGGAAAAUGACUUGAGCAAAUUCCUGGUGGCCUCUGUGAUAUCUGUCCAGAAGAGUACAGUUCUUUAAUCUUCAAAAUCAUGUGCAGAACCCUGAAACAUGGAGCAUUAUAUACUUUGCAGGAACCAAGUGAAUCUUCUUGUUGUGCUGAUUGUACCAGUGGGGGGACAUCUUUCCACAUAAUGUGAUGUUAGCCUUAAUAGAGCAAGAUCUGAUCAGUAAUUGGCUUGCUUGAAAGCCAAUUACUGUGCAGAGGAAGGCUGCUGGAGACUGACCAGGUCAUUUAAAAUGCUCUUGUCAAUCAGCGUUUUGGACCCCGUUUUCAUAUUUAAGCAUGUGUAUGCUAGGAGUGAUUUGAAAGUCCCUAUUGUUACCUGACUAUUGUGUUAUGGGGGGACUAGGCAUAUGUCUAAUAUUGGCUUUAAAGUAGGCCUAAGAAGAUGAUUCCUAAUUAGUUUCUCUCUGUGAAUUAAGCAAUCUACAGCCAUGGCCAAAACUGUCGCUGAAUGUGCUGGUGUCUUUCUAAAUGCUUCACCCUGAGGGGUUUAAUGCACAUAGAUUCUAAGGUUGCUAUAUCGUGCCAGUGAAUUUCCUCCUGAAUUAAGCAAAUUUCACCAGGUUUUUAGUGACCUUUAACAUAAAUGGAAACUAGGAUGGAGGAAGGGGGAGGGGAUCGGAUUUGCACCGGGGCCCUAUGGAUUGUGUGUAUGCCACUGCAUCUCAUCAGAAGUCUGGAGAUACUUUCCCACCAGGAACUGUUCUAGCAACUUCCUGCUGAGCAGGAGAAGAGGAAGCCAGCACAGGCUUUAAUGGUGUGGAAUCUCAUUCCUGUACUGAAAUCAUACAUAAUCCCCCUGGUGGCCAUAAAUAUCAGUGGUGCACCCACUGUUACAAUAACAACCAUUAAAGAUCUUCACUGGAAGUAGGGGCCAUGGCACACCUGCCAGGAUUGAAUUUCCAAUCACUAGUGGGUGAGUGGAAGCGUUGAGAUUGAUAACAGAAAAGAUUUAUAGAUCUGCGUAGUGUGUUUUUUUUUUUUUUUUUUAUUCCAAGACGAGACUUCACAAGCAGUACAUGUACAGCAACAUUAGGAUUAUGCAUAAACAAGCAUGUACACUGUGAUCAUGGCAUUUUUACAUUAGCAAGAUGGGUGAACAGUCAAGGUCGCAUAGGUCCCAUAACUAGAGACCACUAGUUGUAUUUACGUCUCUAAUUUUCAAGGUAGUUCUCAUCUCUAUGUAUGGUUAGAAAUCCCGUCUGGUUUUAGAUAGUAGAUAAAACAUGUAACAGAUAACAUGAUAUAUGAUGACCACACACGUGUUUGCAAAAAACGACUAGGAAUAGUAUACGAGCGUACGUUUGCUCCCAUGUCCCUAUUGUCACGCACAAGAAUUUCAACAAUAUACAGUUGGAUGAUAAGAUUAAGGAAUUAAGAGAUGAAAGAAAAGGAAAAAAUAGAGGAAGUGCAUUUAAAAUCCGAGGUCACAGAGAAGGGGGUAGAGGGAGGAGGGAGGGGUGUGUCCGAGGAGAGCCGGCCGAUAGAAAGGCGUCUUAGGGAAUGUGCUUCCCUUCCAACCCUGUCCCCCACGGGGGUCCGCAAAAAUCCCUCCCUGCGAGCCGGGUCCAAGUAAUACGGUUUACCUCCUUUCUCAGAUGUCCCGAGAGGUAUGUUUGGAUGUUCUAAUUCAGUCUGCCUUUCUCUAAUCGCUUACAGUGCUAUUUGUCCAGGGGCUCCAGAUUUUAUCAAAUUUCUUCAUUGUCCCCCUGAUCUGUGCUGUCAGCUUGUCCAUUAGGAAAGUAUCUUUUAUUAUUUGUUUUACCAUCGCCAUUGUUGGGGUCUCCCUCUGUAGCCACACCUGUGCUAGGGCUCUUCUAGCUGCAAGGUUUAUUUUUUUUGUAUAAGGUUUUGUUCCGUUCUUGUCCAACCAUCCAUGGAUCUGGACAACAAACACCCAUGGGUCUAGUUUCACCUCCCUGUCAAAAACAUCUCGCUGCAAUGCAGCAAUCUGUUUCCAAUAGGUUUGUGCCUCCAGGCAUUCCCACCACGUGUGUGUGUGUAUAUACGUACCCUUGCGUCCGCAGCCUCUCCAACACAGGUCCAUCUGGUUUUUACGCAUUCGGUACAGCGUCACUGGAGUGAUGUACCAACGAAAUAAGAUCUUAUAGGAUUGUUCCUGCAAGGAGACGCACACUGAAGAUGAUGCAGCAGCCUCCCAUAUUUCCUGCCAUUCUAUGCCCUUCAGAAACUCCUUGAGAUCUGCUUCCCACUGAUCUAUAUAUGUGAUAUCUCCCCAUUCUAGCGUGUGAGUGCUUAGAUGAGAAUAUAAACCUGAAAUUAAGCCGCUUGGGAAUUGUUCCCUCUUGCACUUCCUUUCGAAAAACGUUAACUGUGUCAACGCAGCCGUUUUGAUCCGGGAGUCUCUGGCAUAAUCCCUAAGUUGUAGAUACCGGAAGUAGUCGAAGGGUCGUAAUGGGGCCCUGCUUGUCAGUUCUUCAAAUGUUAUAAAUGAGCCGUUUUCAAACAGUUCGCACAGUCUCUGCAGUCCUGUGUUCUCAAUACCCUUGAAAUCCCGGGGACUCAUGCCUGGAAGAAAUGCUUUGUUUCUUAAGAAUGGGGUCAUGGGUGACGGGUCGGAGGUCAGGCUGUAUUUAAGGGCAGUGGCAUCCCAAAUUUUAAGGGAGUUGCGUAUCGCUGGGCAUAUCACUUGAUCUAUUGGUCUAUGUUCUUUAGGGGUCCAUAUGAGGAACUGGGGCAUGUCUGGGCCCAUCAGGGAGUAUUCCAGAUCCACCGAUCUUCUGGGGGAGAAUGCCAUAGUGCAUUUUGGGCCAAUUGAGCCGCCACGUAGUAAAAGUAAAGGUUUGGAAGGCCAAGGCCUGUUCUUAGCCCUAUAAAGUACAUUACGGGAGAGUGUGGUUUCUUCAAAAUGUAUUUUUUUUUCUUCUUACAUUGUGCCUUUCUGUAUAACUUCAUUACAGUUUGUUACUCAACAGUGUAAACCCUAAUCCAUUAGUUUUUUGUUUUUUUUUGGUAUUGUAGGUUAGUGUGCAGCAUCAGGUAUGUUCUUGCAUUGAGCUUUAUUCUGAAGCUGCUGUGUAUAACACCAAUAACGCACAGUGGUGUGUGCCUGCCUGUGCUGUGAUUUUUUUUUUUUUUUUUUAAAAAGCUUUAUGCCUCCAUCCUUAAUUGUGCUGCAUUUUGUAAACACCUUGCAUGAUUGUCGAAUGUAGAAUUAUCACAUGUAAUAACAGGUGACAAUAAUUCUAUUGGCCUUUCCUUUGUUUUUACGUCUCCAUUUGUAUUUAGUUUUUUUUUUUUAUUGCAUAUGUUUCCACAGCCCAGCUUUCAAUGCGUUAAGCUGUUUAUCUUCGUCGUCUUCACAUAAUUACAUUAGUCUUCCUAAUAAUUUAAUGAUUCACCAGUUUCUGUUCAGCUGACUUUUACUUAUAUCCGUCUACAUUGCAAUGUAACCCCUAAGAAACACUCUUUAAACGGAUUGUUUUACUUAAAGCGGCACUGUCAUGGCCGAAUCCAGUUUUUGUUUUUUAAACCCCCCUUUUGACUCCACUACAUCUAAUUGUCCCCCUAGUCACCCCCUAAGGCCCCCAUAUUACCUCUUAUUUUGAUCUUUAUUUUGUGCCCGGACAUAGGUCCUGGGCACCACCAUCUUUGUGUGGGUAGAUGACGUACCUGUGGGACAUGUUAUCUGCCCACACUAGAUAGUACUGUGAAAUUCCCGCGCAUGCCCAGUAAAACACUUGGGCAUUCGAACGGGAAUUUUAUCUAUUCAUUCAUUCGUCAGAAAGACGAAUAAAUAAAUAGAAAUUUCAAACGAAUGAACAAAGACCUCUUCGUUUGUUCAUUUUAUUACAAGGAGGAAGCUACUGGCUCGCAGCUCCCUCCUUGUAAAAUGUAAAAAUAGAAGCAGCAGUGCUCCCCGCCACUUCCUAAGCCCCCCAUGUCCUCCCUCCCUUAGCAUAAGGGAGAUUAAAAUCUCACGAAUACCCAUGUCUACUAAACAGUUCAAAAAUAAAUCUAUUCACUAGCAGGGGGGACAGUGUUGCGUUCCCACCCAUGGCCUGCGAGUGGGGGCUAUUCAACUAAGCUGGUGACAUAUGGUCCGCCUUCACCCCCACCCAUGAGCGGUGGGUGUAAGCCCUACGUGAAAAUGGGGGAGAAACACACCUAUUGUGCUCCACCCAGCCCCCACCCAUGAGCGGCUGGUGGGGGCCCUAAAUGACAAUGGGGUGGGGGAAACAUGGACAGACGGACCUAUUGUCCUCCCUCCCGGCCCCCACCUCAAUGACAUUGGAGGGCUCCCUAUUUUCCUCCCCCCACCCUUGAGCACACUUUGCUACUCCGCUGGUCAUAGCUGGUCAAGUGUAGGAAAUAUACAAAAGACCAAGUAGUCCCUACUUUAUCUUAUGCUUUAAAGAAAAGUAGAACAGAUCCCGAGAGAGGAAUCGAUUGGGGAAAGGUAAGUUCAGCAUCACAGUGCUGCUUUAAAAUAUAAAUCAAUAUAAUUUUUAAAUGAGUAUUUGUUUAACUAGCAACCAAAAGACAAUUUAAACACUCUUUCUGAUUUUUAGCUUUCCUAAUUUUGUCUUGUCUCUUCUUUGCAAUUUUACCAAUUGGUAUAAAAAGCCUGUUGUAUCAAGGUGAUUGCAUGUGUGUGGAUUUGUUUGGCUAGGAAAAAUUUUAACUGCAUGUGUAUUCUCUGCAAUAUAGCUGACUUGUUUAUAGGUUUUUGGUUUUUAUAUUUGCUGUCAAUGUUUGUGUGAUGAUACUUUGAUUAAGGUAUUUGGAUUGUCCCUCUAGAACAAGCAGAAUAACAUUGGAACCCUCCAGUGUAAGUAAUCAAACCUCUUUCUAUUUUUGACUUCUCACUUGGGGUCCCUUGCAGCAGGAGCUCAUCCCUGCACAUUCAGGCUUGGCUCUCCCCCACUGAGCUAAGCCUGAAUGUGCAGGGAUGAGCUCAUUGGUUGAGAAUUAUCAAUUGAUGCUCUCAACUAAUGAGCUGGCCCUGUACAGCAGAGCUUUGUACAGGAGACAACUUAAGCUUCUAGGAGUUUUGAGCUCUCUCUUUGAGCUGUAAGGAGUGGAGGCCACCAGGUAAGAAGUCAAACUGUUAGAAAAUGGUUUGAUUACUUUCAUUGGGAGGUUUUUGACCAUGUGUUGUAGUGGUUAUGGUGCUUGGAACUUUCCUUUAAUGGAGUCUAUAUACUGACGAGUGUAAGAAAUGUAUUUGAAACCAUAAAGACUGCAUAUGUUAAUUAAAAACAUGCAGACUGGGUAGAGGCAAAAUCUAAUUUGGGUGUAAUUCCUAUCAAGUCUAAUAUUAUCCCCCUAUUAUACCAGGUUUUGUGUUUUUGUUUUUAUAUAAGAAAGCAUGCAAAAGAAAAUAUCUUGUUUCUUGGCCCACACAGCUGCACAUAAUUGCGUUAUAGAAUGCUCUUCUUACACAUCCUGCUAUGUCAUAUGCAUGGAAUUGUGGUUUUGACAACUUUGCUAAUUGUUGUCCAUCAGUUUUGGUGCUCGUUGAAGUACUGCAAUAAUUUUGCUGAAAGCUGCAGAAUUAAAACCUCCAUGCUAUUCUGUUGGGUCUCUAUCAAAUCCUAUUACUUACCCCAGUGAUGGCUAACACUUGGCACUUUAGCUGUUGUGGUUGAAGGUUCAUUUGAUUAUCAAGCAAAAUUGUAAAAGUGAUCAUAAGUUACCCAGAACAUCAAACAGACAAAAAAAGACACUUUUGAUAGCGGUAGGGGGUAUCCUAGUUUUGUAGCAAAACGCCACUAGAAAUAUUUAGGUGAAAUAUGCAUUUUCAUCUUUUUAGAUUAAUAUGGAUGUACAUUCCUUGCUAAUCAUCUGUUGGGGUACUGUUGUAUCUCACUAAAGUGCAGAAGGGUCACAACUAUAAUCCAGGUUUGCUGUAUCUCAUGUGCAGAGGGAAAUAUUCACAUCUUCAAAAUAAAAAAAUUAGGCCAGGAAGAAUGGAAGGGAGGCAGGAGGAUUUGUCAGUUGAGGGAUGGUACCUCUUAACUUAUUUUAAAUUUUAUUUAACGAAAAGUUUGCAUACUUAAAGGACCACUAUAGGCACCCAGACCACUUCAGCUCAAUGAAUGGGUCUGGGUGCCACGUCCCCCUGGUUUUAGCCCAGCAGCUGAAAACAUAGCAGUUUCAGGGAAACUUCUAUGUUUUCAUUGCGGGGUUAAUUCAGCCUCUAGUGGCUGUCUACCUGACUGCCACUAGAGGCUGCUUCCGCAAAUCUCCGUGUGAAAAUCACACUGAAAUGACGCUGGCGUCCAUUGGAAAGCAUUGAGUAAUGCUUUCCUAUGGGCAGUUUUAAAGCGCACAUGGCUCUGGCAUUUAAGGUAAGUGGCUGAAAGGGUUUUAACCCCUUCAGCCCAGCGGGAGGGGGGCCAUGAGGGGGGACGACGACCAAAACGAGUUUGUUUUCCUGCACUAAAGUGCUCCUUUAAGAUGUAGAACAUAGGUUAACUGGUCAAAUGUUGCUCCUAUGAUGAAUAGAAUGUAUAUGGAAUUUGAAAAUUUGUUUCCAGUGAUACUGUUUGCAUGUGGCAUUCCAUUAUACUUGUCUGCUGAUAUGCCGCAUAAUCUAAUACUUCUCUAUUUGUUGUUCAGCCUUAUGCUGCAGCCAUGACUGCCACUCAAGGCACCAUCAGACCUGCAGCCAAUUUCGAUGCAUUGGGUGAUGCUGAAAAGCUGCGUAAAGCAAUGAAAGGAUUUGGUAAGGAGAUUGAAUUAGUUUAACUAUACAGCAUGUAUUUGUGUAAUUGUUUGAUGCCUACACGUCUUGCUUAAUAGGAACUGAUGAGCAGGCCAUAAUUGAUGUUGUGUCUAACCGUUCCAAUGACCAGAGGCAGAAGAUAAAGGCUGCGUUCAAGACAGCUUAUGGAAAGGUACAUGAGUUACUGUGGGAUUUUGUUCCUAAUAUAAGACCUCUACAUAGGGAUAAUGUUUUCUCAAUUUUUAACUCUGCUGUGAAAACCUGUGUAAUUGACAGAAAAGAUAAAAAUAAGAAUGAAUAAAUUGUUACCAAUACCAGUUUUUGUUUUUGCUAGUGAGGUUGAAUUUGUGUGACUAAACAAUUAAACAAAAUAAACCAAAUUUUAAGUUUACGGUAAUCCUUUAUUUUAUGCAGGAUUUAAUUAAAGACUUGAAGUCUGAAUUGAGUGGUAAUGUUGAAGAGCUCAUCGUUGCUCUGUUCAUGCCUCCCACUUACUAUGAUGCAUGGAGUUUGUAUCACGCCAUGAAGGUACGAUUAUAUUAUUUUGAGGGUUGUUUUUGUUGUUGUUACCUUUUCAUUUAGAUUCUAAAGCCACUACCUCUGCUUCUGCUGCACUGACCGCGUAAAAUGUGGUCAGAUGACUUUGCAGGAUGUACUGCUUUCCUGUGAGUAGCAUGUCCUUCUAGAGAUAAAUAGGAAUUUGAUUUAUAGCCUGCACUACUACAAUUUAAAGGAACACUUCACACACCUAAAGCACUCUACUUUUCUAUUUUUUUAUUUUACAAAGUGCAAUUUUUAAACAAAUUUGGCCCUUUCAUUAACAUUCCUGGCUGUUAGACAACCGGAUGGAUCGGUUAGAUCCUGGUUCGUUUAGCUCAGGGGUGCUAAGAGGCAGGCAAUUGCUCAGAGAACCUGCCUUGCAAAGACUUCUCAUUGAGCUGCAUUUGGAAGUCUGUGAUUGGACAGUCACAGAGUCUGUACUGGGGAAGAAAAGGAGGGCUUGCAAAGGCUGCAGACAAUUAAAAAUGCAUGGGGAUAUGUCUAUUAAUACUAUGGUGUGCGUUUUUGUUUUGUUUUUUGAAGUAGGGUCCCUUUUUAAUCUUUUAUUUUUUGCUUAAUUUCUUUCAGGGGGCAGGUACUCAGGAGCGAGUACUGAUUGAGAUUCUGUGCACCAGAACAAACAUUGAAAUAAAAAAUAUUGUUGCAUGUUACAAGUCUGAGUUUGGGAGAGACAUUGAGAAGGACAUCCGAUCAGACACUUCGGGUCACUUUGAAAGACUGCUUGUAUCAAUGUGCCAGGUCAGCCAUCCAUAAGUGUUUUUUUUUUUUUUUUUUAAAUGUUUCAUGUACCUCAGAGGAAAUCAAACCCACUGUUAUUUUUUGUUUUGUUUUUUGUGUUUUUAUUUUAUUUUUAUCUGAAGGUUGUUUAGUUGAUGUACAAAGCUUCUUCCACUUGUGAAAAUAUUUAGAGAACACUACACACAGAAUGGAGACAAAUAUCGGGACAGUGCAUUUACAGGCAAACAAUGACUUAAAUCCAAAUGUGAGGGGUCAGUGUUAGAUCUGUGGUCAAAUUUUAUUUAUUAAUUUUUCUCCCAGGUGACAUUUGGCUUGUAACCUCAAAACAAUCAUAUCAUCCACCUAAAUCAGGGGUUCCCAACGCAGUCCUCAAGUAACCCCAACAGUCCAGGAUGUAGGGAUUAUCCUGUUGUGUCCAACAUGUAUUUUUUUUUUCUUUUUCUUUCUAAAAACACCGUAGACACAACUGGGUAAUGCCUAAAUCCUGGACUGUUGGGGUGGUUCUGGGUUGGGAACCACUGACCUAAAUAAUGCUCAAAAAUAGUGGUAAAUCCUGAGUGUUUUUUUAAAUUUUUUUAUUAUUAUACUUUGCCCUCACACUUCAGAAAUAACUGGAUACAUAAAGUGUGUAUGUAAAUAUAGCGCUAAACAGUCAAACAAAUGUAUGUUGUAUAGGGUUAUUGCAGUGAUACCUAUUCAUUUGGUUUUCUGGACUAACUUUUUUUUAAAUGUUUUCGUCUCUAACUGUAUUUUAUAACACAUGUAUUCCAAUAUGCAAGCAUAGAUUUUAACACCUAUAGUAAUGUGUAGCCAUUCCAUUAUUUCCAUCCUCUGGGUCCAAAGCUGUUUCUUAAUGACAAAAAUAACUUCCAAAUAAGAUAGCCGAAAGUAAGGUUGCUUGUAAUGUGCUAUGAUUGUCCUAACUUCGCUUGCCAGUUGACACAUACUGUUGACAUCUAAUUAUAGGCCAAGGGGUAAAUCCAAAUUCAUAGAGGAUUUUGUAAACCUUGCAAGAAGUUUACAGUAUGCAUGGAGAUAACUGUUACUUAUUCCAAUCAAACCACUUGUGUCUUCUGCAAUAGAUUACUUAAAGGGGCACUAAAAUACUGUAACCACUACAGCUUAUUGUUGCAGAAAGCUGGGUGGGGAAUCAAAAAAGGUUUUGUUUAGUAUGACACAACCUGCAUUACUUACAUUUCAGAGCUCUUACAUUGAGGGUUUUAUCACAAUAUCAGAUACAGUAUGGUGUUAAUAUUGACAGCUUGGGCUGUAUGGUAGAAGGCUUGAACAGUAGAUUAACCCCUUAAGGACACAGGGUACAUGGAGGGUACCAUUUACCAUCUAUAUAGUAUUUUCCGCGAUGUCUCGAAGUGGGUGGCGCAGGUGAUUAGUCCUCCGUGCGCUGUGAAGAUUUUCUCCCAUUCUUGUGGGGUGAUAUGCACUUGGAGAUCUUCUUGCCAGUCCCUCAUGAAUUUCCAGUUAGUGUCUAUCUUGGGGUGUGCGAGACUGUAAUAGCAACUGGAGAACGUUUUCUUUGUGGAUAGUGCUGUUAUGCAUUGUAGUUCGAACUUUGUUACUGAGGCUUGUAGUGUCUGCUUCCUUAUGUGGAUCGAGUUAUCUUUCAGUAGUGCUUUUAUUUGAAGGUAGGCGAACGUGAAGUUCGAGGGAAGUGUAAACUCUGUUUGUAAGUCUGGGAAGGGUUUUAGCCCCUCAGUCGUGUAAAGGUGGUCUGCCUACCUUUAAGUCAUCAGAAAUAAUCACCCCUAAAUCCCCUUCCUCAGAUGUUGAGGUUAGGACUCUAUCAAAUAUUAUGUACUCUGCCCUUUGGUUUUUACGUCCAAGAUGCAUUAUCUUGCACUUAUCCACAUUAAAUGUCAGUUGCCACAAUUCUGACCAUUUUUACAGUUUACCUAAAUCAUUUGCCAUUUGGCUUAUCCCUCGUAGAACAUCAACCCUGUUACAUAUCUUCAUAUCAUCAGCAAAAGUUAUGAAGAGGUCAGCACUGUUGCCGUGGGAUUGCUGUAUAGGGCACGGACUACAGACAGGAAGGGCGAUGUAAAGCCGUAGAGUGACAGGGCUUUGUGUAAGAAGUGCUAGUUUAGGCGAUCAAACGCUUUUUUGGUGUGUAAUGAGAGAAUGAUGCUGCGCUUUUUUUUUGUGUGUGUUUUAGGAGGUGGUAUAUAUUAAGGACUUUCCUGGUGUUUUCCGGGCCCUGUCUGCCCGUUACGAAUCCCACUUGAUCUGUGUGAAUUAGGGAAGGUAGUAUUGUUUUGAGGCAGUCGGCAUGGAUUUUUGCGUAUAGUUUUGCGUCCACGUUAAGCAAUGAGAUUGGUCUAAAAUUUUGGCAUGUAGUUGGGGGUUCCCCUGGUUUAGGGAUGGUGAUGACGUGUGCUGACAGGAACUCAGUUGGAAAAGAGCCCCUUCUAGUUGCCUCAUUGUAGAAUUGGGUGAGCGGUGCAGCUAGUUCGUGUUUGAAUGUUUUGUAGUACGUAUUGGUGUACCCAUCGGGCCUGGUGCUUUACCUCUGAGCAUUGUAUCUAUAUGGUGUAGAAUCUCCUCUGUGGUGAUGGGGGUAGUGAGUUGUGCUGCUUGUUGUGAGUGGAUAGUGGGGAGUGCGAGCUUGUUGAGGUACGCUCUUAUGGUCGCUGGAGUGGGUUGGGGCGUGUUAGGGUGGUCUUUCAAGUUGUACAGUGUGCCGUAAUAACGAGCGAAUCCAUUACAUAUUUGCGCAGGUUGCAUUACUUUUAGUUUCUUUAACGCUGCGUUUGCCUUACAGAGGUGGAUUUUGUUAAUUUCGUUUUGCAUGCUUUGUAUUUGUUGUUGGAGUACCUUGGUGGGAUUCGCUUGGUUUGAUCUGUGAAGGUCUUUUGAGGAGUGUGAGCAAUGUGUUAUGGUUGACCCUUUUAAGAUAUGCCGCUCUACCUGUCAGGAUCCCCCGGAUAACUGCCUUGUGUGCUAGCCACAGUGUAGCGGGGGAUGGACCAUUAGGGGCAUUGGACGCGAAGUAGAGGUUUAAUGCAUCCCGUGUCUCUUCCAUGAAGGAGGGGUCGCUGAGGAUGUGUUUGUUUAGUCUCCAGGGGCUACGGUUUUUGAAUUGGUAUGAAUCUGCGAGGACUAACGAAACUGGAUUAUGAUCGGAUAUUGUGGAUGUUUCUAUGUCGCAUGCCCUGACCUGUUUUAAGUGAGCGUUGCAUAUUAGGAACCCGUCCAGGCGGGAGUACGUAUUGUGAAUUUGGGAGUAGUGGGUCUAUUCCUUGUUGGGUUGUAGGGUUCUCCAGAUAUCAUAGAGGCCAUAUGAUGAGAAUAGUUUGUUCAUGGAAUUGCAAUACUUGUGUAGGGUUUUUUUUACGUUUCGUGGAGUGUCGGGCUGCAGAGUCUGCGUUAGGGUCCAGUAUGUGAUUGAAGUCACCGCAGAUGACUGAUGCCUGUUUGGAGCUUUUCUACUUUGUCUAGGAGGGAGGCCAAAUAGGACUUCUGAUUGUCGUUCGGCGAAUAAGAGUUCACUAUUGUGUAUGUGGAAUUGUUCGAAGUGCAUAUUAGGAUGAUAAAUCCUAAUAUGUGGGUCGAAUUGGAUUGAGAUUAGGUCAAAGGCUAGAGUGUGGCUCAGUAGAAUCGACACUCCUCUACUUUUGGUCGGGGAGGUAGCGUGAAACUGGUGUGGGAAGUUCUUGAGUCCCAGAAUGGGUUUAGAGUUUUGCUUUAAAUGUGUCUCCUGUAAACAGACGAUAUCCGCUUGUGUGCUAUUGAGCUCUUUAAGAAGGGUGUGUCAUUUGUUGGGCGAGUUCAACUCGCGAACAUUGUGGGUAAUUAUCUUAAUUUUCUGUGGGUAGUGUACAUAGCGUGUGUGUCGUGAUAUAUUGUGUGGUAGGGCGGUCUUGUCGUAUUGGUGGGGAGGAGGCGGUUACAGUCCUUGUGGUGUGAUGGGCCUGCCGGAGUGUCUGGUCUGGUUGUUUGUGUAGUACAGUCAGUGGAUUAGUCGUGUUUUGGUACCUAGUGGUGUGGACCAGGUGUACAAUGCAAAAUUCAGAGCAAAAUAAAACAGAAUAAUACAAUUAAACAAUCAAUAAUUAAAGAAAGUAUUCUAUAAUGGUGACUUUCAGAGGAAUGUGCCUUGACUAUGGCACUUCCUGAGUGGGGGUAAUGAGAACUGGUCGGGUCAAUUGGAGGCCCCCUUGGGGAUUGGUUUCUCUCCGACCUUACUUUAUUUAAGAUUUAGUGGUUGGAUCAACUAACGCCUUUAUGGGCAGUAAAAUGUCUUUAGUUUAGCGGUAGAGGCCACGGCCAUAGUGGUCGUUACCCGGUAGGCUAUGCUCAACGUGGUUAGUUAAGGGUUUGUGAUAGGGGCCCUGUGAGGGGUCUCACAUAUUGUCCCAUCCCUCCUUAAGAGGGUGAGUCUCAGGGGCUAAAGAUAUGGUUAUUAGUAUACGGAUUAUCUGUGUGUUCACAUCAGUUUAACACAUUUUAUAACAGGUGUGUAUUAAAUAGAACUGGGUUAAAACUUGCUGUAACUUGCCGAUCGUCUUCAGUCUUCUCUCGGGGAUGUACGUCUUGUUUUCUGAGGGCGCCAUUCUUCAGGCAGGGAUUUGCUGGGGUUCUGGAAGGUUGGCUGCAGAUUCCGAGACUUACCCCAUUGCCACAGGAGGUCCAAUACCACAGCUGGUAUGGUUGCUGUCAUGAGCUUACCCCUUUUUGUGAUAAGGAGUUUGGCCGGGUAGCCCCAGCGGUACGGGAUACUAUGGUGUCUCAGUGCGUCCGCUAUGCCCUUGAAGGAUCUUCUUCGGCGUAAUGUCUUUGCGGAUAAGUCCAUAAACAUUAGAAUGCCUUUGAACUGGGCAGGUAAGUCCUUUUUGGUUCUAUGUGCCCAUAGGAUUUGGUCUUUGAUGUGGUAGUAAUGAAGUCUCAGAAGGACAUCCCUCAGAGUAGUGGACGGUAGAUGCUGCGGUCUGGGAAGCCUGGAUGCGAUCCAGGAGGAACAUGUCUGCUGGGAUAUCAGGCAGUAUAGCCUGAAACAGCUCCACAGAAUAGGACGUUAAAUCUUGUGCCCCUACAUCUUCUGGUACUCCUCUCAGGCAUAUAUUGUUGCGACAUGAUCUGUCUUCUGUAUCAGUGAUUUUAGUCUCAUGGAUGUAAAGUUGUUCUUCAAUUUUGCUGAGGCGUACUUCUGUCGCAUUAUGUGCCGUAGUGAGGUUUUCCAUAUUGUCCUCGAGGUGGGAGGCAUGUGCAUCCAGGUCAGGAAGGUCUUAUGUCAUUAAUAGCCUCUGUAACGGUGGUUUGCAUUUUGGCAACCGCUGCAUCCAGCAUGAUUUGCAGGAGACUUUGUGUUAAAGGGACAUCCUCUUGCUUAUCCGCUGUGCAUACACAGUCUGCAUCAUAAUCUGGGUCGGCGCCAUCUUGGGCCUGGUGGUCGGCGGGUUUGUGCUGUGACGUUCUGGCCGCAAAGAAGGCUGAUUUAUCUUUUGCCUCUGCGGUUUUCUUUGCGCUGUGUUGGGACAUCGCUCCUGAUGUUGGGGUCGGAGAUUACACCGAGAAUGCCUGUUUUAGCCGCGUUAUGGAGCCCGUAAAAGCGGAGCACGUUUAGUGUGCUUCCAUCUCGCUCGACGUCCGGUCACGCCCGUUGCAGUUAUGUUUUAAGUAUCUGUGUGUGUGUGGUUUUUUUUUUAAUCUGUCCAACCUUAGCUAGCGUAGCAUCAAUUGUGAAUAUUAACCAGCAGAGAGUGUGAUGGGUGUAAAGACUAAUCUUGUAUCAGAAAUAUCAGUGGGAAAUAGCCUCUCUUGUCGCUGGCUAUAGGCAGACAUGUAGAGUUCCAAAUCAGUCUCUAACCCAUUUAAAAAAAAAAAAUUAAUUCAUGUUUAAUAAGCACCUUGAUAUUUUUUUUUUUUUAAAGAGAGAUCACUGGUCCCUGAUGUCAACAGUUUGAAAGAAUAUAUCUUAGAUUUUAAUAUAUAUAUAUAUAUAUAUAUAUAUCGGCGUAUAACAUGCACCUCAUUUUAAGAAAAAUUUCAGGAAAAAAAAAACUUACCCCCUUUUCUUACCCCCUUUCUUACUCCCCUCUCCCCCCUCUUCUUACCCCCCUUUCUUACCCUCCUCCCCCUCUAUUUACCCCCUUCUUACCCCCCUCCCCUGUAGCGUGGCCGAGCUGCUCUGCUGUCUGCGGUGCCCGGCCGGAGUGAUAGGAAGGUGCACGCUGAGUGUGCACCUUCCUGUCAGUCCGACCGGGUACAGGAAACAGAAACUCCUGUUCCGCGCGGACAGCAGAGCAGCUCGGCCACGUUACAGGGGAGGUGUGAACCAACUGCAGCCGCCUGAGCGCUCUUCACAGAGCGCUCAGGCGGCUGCAGUAUUUAAAGGGCCGGUGUAUAACACGCACCCAUAAUUUUCCCCCUAUUUUCAGGGAGAAAAAGUGCGUGUUAUACGCCGAUAAAUACGGUGUGUGUGUGUGUGUGUGUGUGUGUGUGUGUGUGUAUAUAUCUAUAUCUAUAUCUAUAAUUUUUUUUUUUUUUUUCUUCUUUAACACAGGGAAAUCGUGAUGAGAGUCAAAAUGUUAACCUCCAGCAAGCUGAACAAGAUGCCCAGCGCCUCUACCAGGCUGGAGAAGGAAAGCUUGGCACAGAUGAGUCCUCCUUCAAUUUGGUGUUGGCAAGCCGGAGCUUUCCCCAACUGAAAGCCGUAGCUGAGGCAUAUGCAAGGGUGAGUGUUUGAUAUAUGGAAUAAAUCAUAUGUCAAAUGUUAUUUGUUUUUACUGCAUCUCUUUAAUAAGUUGUAACCAUCCUUCCCCUUCAGAACUUCUCAUACUUAUGUUCUGUAGGCUAUCUUUUAGCUAUAAAACUUCAGACGUCUGCCCAGAUUGUGAUAGUCUUUCUAACAUAUUUUUAUUUAAACAUUUUUAUUUUAUGUAAACAUUGGUGCACUAUCCAAACCACCCAUAGCAAUAAUGUAACAUGUAAUGCAUUAAUUUCAAACUAAUUAAGCAAAUUUGUCUCAAAUCACAAUUCAAAGUAAUUUUAAAAUAAAACAAACAAAAUGCAGAUGAAUGGUGUUUGUUAUUCCAGAAUGCUGGAACGUGUAAACUUUCAUUAUGAAAGCGAACCCUUUUAGAUGUGGGAGUAGAACAUCCGGCACAUUCUAGUGAUAACAUUACAAGAAAGGCAUUUGUAUUUCUGACCCUAAAAUGUCACUUGAUCUGAUUUGGUUAAUUGUGAUGUAAAGACUAUUGGCAUCAAUGGUGUCUAUUUUCUAUAUUUCCAUAACUUCUGUAAUGUUUUCCAGAUUUCCAAGCGAGACUUGCUCAGUACCAUUGGCAGAGAAUUCUCUGGUUAUAUAGAAGAUGGUCUAAAAGCAAUUUGUAAGUAUCUUCUAUUGACUACAUGGGCAUUUUACAUUCUACUAGAAUAUCAGUGUUGUUGGAAACCAGUAUGCGUAUUGGAAGCGGAGAAUCCCUGUAUAUGAUCAAAUAUGCAUUGUAGUUAAAAUGCAUGAGGGUAAACAUAAGGUUUGCAUAAGUCAAGGAUGUAUUUUCGUUAUCUGCAUUUCAGGAACUAAAACAUAAUUGUGUUCAGUAAAAGCACUUGAUAAAUUAACAAUUUACUAAUGCAAACCUUAUAUAUUCCCUCUGAAUUUGAUUUAUCCGAUCCACUUACAUAGUACUAUAGACUGAAAGACUUGUCCAUAAAGUUCAGCCUUUCUCUAAUAUAAUUUAAAAGAAUUUUCCUAUUUUGACUCGAAGAAUCUUAUAAAAUGACUUGGGCAGAGCAAAUAGGUGUAAUCUUCAAGUCUUCUAGCCUUUCCUUAUAACUAAAAUAUAAUAUUUCCCUUAUUAAUGUUUUGUAUCCUGCUUGGCACUUACUAGUUUCAGAACAUCUGUGCCCAAAAUCGCACUGCAUUUUAAGGUGGCGUGAACUUGCUAUUGGUGUUAUAAAAAAGGCAAAAUUAUCUUGCGAAUUAGUACUUCCCAGUGCUCCUCCUUUUCUCUAACUCCGUAUUGUUUACAGUGGUUCUAAACCAGUCCUCACUGCCCAUCAAGAGUCCAGGAUUUAUGCAUUUGCGUUUUCAAUUCAAAUGGAGAUACUGACAAAACAUGGAUUGUUGGUGGGCCAUUGGUUUAACAACCAAUGGUUUAGGGGAGUGGUUCCCAACCCAGUCCUCAAGUACCCCCUACCGGUCCAGGAUUUCGAGAUUACCCAGUUGUCUAAGGUGUUUUUAGAAAGAAAGAAAAAAACACUUUAGACACAGCAGGGUAAUUCCUAAAUCCUGGACCAGUAGGGUGUACUUGAGGACUAGGUUAGGAACCCCUGGUUUAGGGUAUGUGUUGCUUGUUAAUUUUCAACCCCAAAUGCAGAAUUUUCCACUUAUUUACAUUAAAUCUCAUUUGUCACUUUGGUCCCAUAAUUUGCCAAAAUUAUCAAUGAAGUAUCAAUCAAUGAAGUAGUAUCCUGCCCACACUACAGAGAACACAAAAUUCGGCAGGUUAAUACACAAACACUGACACGUGACCUUUACAAAGUCAAUAACAAACAAGUUCUGGAUCAGUGAAAGUCGGUUCUCUUCUUGCACUUGCAAUUUUGUAGAUUUCAUUUUAUCCAAACUCUUAAUAAACAUCCUACAUUAUGAUCAAAUUACUACAUAAAUGAAUAAAUGUCGGGGGCGGAGCGGAGCAGACACCAUACUGCUGUGCUCCUGCAACACUGCACAGAAUCCGACAAAUAUCACCUGAAUCCUGCAUCCGUACCAGAUGAAAAGCUGCCAAACUGCUACUGGACAUCUCAACUUCCUGAUCAAUGCCAUUUUUAUUCAACGUGGGCACAAAAUGGCGCGCCACAAGGUAGGGGCCUACCUCACCCCCUACUUCUUGGGAUCCCAUAUAGCUCCCACGGAGACCAGGGGGAACCCCACUCAGCCUGAGACCUCGCAAAGGUGCCCACAAGACCCCACACAAAUGGGAUUCAGGUCACAGAAACCCACAGUGCCAGCACCUGCCAACAAAAGAGACAUUGGCACUGUGCUGCAGCAACAGGCGUCAGCCAAUAUGGCCGCCGGGGUUGUUCAUUAGGUCUGUCACAAGCCCCCAAAGGCCAGAAGCCCGAUUUCAACAGCUGGCAUCACAACCACCAGGGGCCGUCCUAGCACCUGCAGGGACCAUUGAGGUGUCAAACCUGGCAACCAAAGAGGACAUUCAAGCCCUAUAUCAAAAUUAUACAAAAACUAUUUUUGCUCUAGACAUAGCAGGUCAAAACAGAAAUUUAAGCGGUCACCAACAGGGUCAAGGCCACCGAAGAAGACUUCAUGGAUCUGCAGACAGGCCUAGCCUCUGUACAGGAAUCCAUUCAAACCUCCACCAAUCCCAAACCUCUAAAACCGCCCAAAUGGCACUCUUAGAAGACAAAAGCAGGUGCUGCAACAUUAAGAUUCGGUGCGUCCCUGACACGAUCCCUGCAGAGGAAUUACCCCAUUACCUAGUGUCCACUCUCCUUCCUCCAACCCAAGCCAAUAGGAUCUUAUUUGAUGGAGUAUACUGCAUUAAUAAGUCUCCACAAACACCAGCCAGAGCGACACGAGACAUUAUAGCACGAUUCUCAUGUCUUCAGGAACGCCCUACAAUGGCGCAUACCGCUGGGCAACACUGCGGUUCCUCUUGGUCACACAUUAUGGAACUGUACUGAGGAUCAAAUCCUCUCAAGAGGCACCAGCCUUCCUUAGCGCUCUAGGUCUUGCCCCACCACCGCCGGAUAACUUGACUGUCUCUCAACCCAGCUUGGGAUCCUAAUACUGUCGUGCCUUUUAUACCAGACAGGAGCCGGGACUCUGGAACGGGCACCUAAACGCAAGAACACUUGCCAGCAGACCCCCUACCUGUUGCAGAUGUUUACGGUCUCUUUAUGUUCUAUUUUAUGUUUGAGUAUGUGCAGUUAAGCUCUGUUACACACUUGUAACAUAGAUUACACCAUAUACAGGAGAUGGCUCCGCAGAUGGAUUUGGUCCCAUGAAGGACCAGUGGCAUGGCUUCACACCUAUCUCUACCCGCCUAACCUCAACAUUACUUACCCCGCCCACCCCCGCAGCCCCCAUGGUUAGGGAUACUACUUCACCUGAGCCCAUACUGAAUAGACCCCAGUUACAAAAACUGACCUUCACCUCACAAGUUGCUCUCAGUCCACUCACCUCAUAAGACACUCACUGACAUAGGAACACUCACGUUUGCUCUGUGCUCAAACAUACAGAGGGCAUUGGAGCAUUACACCCUACGGGGUCACACAGAUUUUGGGAGAAAAUCCCUAUAUCACUGUAUUGUCCAACACCAAAUGACUAACGUCUAAGCCUUGACUACUAAUGGAAACUCACACAGCAGGCACACCCGAAAGACGUAACUAUUCAUGCACUGAAAGACCUAGAUUACGAUUUUGUUACUUUACUGUUGUUUCUCGCUCUUUGAGCGAUAUCACUUGUGCCAUCGUCCGCAAUGUAAGCCUAGCUUUCACACCUUCGCCUAAAACAGGGUGCUCAGGGUGAAAUGUUUCGUUGUUACUGAACUCUAGUUUGUCUUAGACCUAUACUCAAGCAAUAUCAAUGGCUUUUGCAUAACCUCUUUCACUAUCACCCCUAUGCAUGGUAUAUAUUUCUCAUUGUUCUUGUUCCUGUUAUUUAAAAAAAAAAAAAAAAAAAAAAAGUGCUGUAUCUCUGAGAUUUUCCAACAAUCUUGCUUUUAACCUCAGUAUUUUUUCAUGUAGCCUGUUAACUAACCUAGGCACUGCAAAAAUAAAGCAUUAUAAAUGUCCGCUAAAUGUUUUUAAUUUUUUAUUGUCUUACAGUGCAGUGUGCCAUCAACCGUCCAGCUUUCUUUGCUGAAAGACUUUACCGUUCUAUGAAGGGAGCGGGAACAGACGAUUCUGCAUUAAUCAGAAUUAUUGUAACCCGCAGUGAGGUAAGAGAGCUUUGGUCCUCUUUCCCUCCCACCCCCUCCCAAUAAAGCUUCCAACAAUCUUUAUUCAGUGUUUCCAAAUUGUCUGCUCCUUAUUAAAGAAACCAAACAAAUCCUGAAGUAUGAUUUAUUUUUUUAAGAGUGUGGAAGCUUUCAUUUAUGUGUAAAAAAUAGUACACUGGAAUCUUGCAGACACAUUGGUGUUUAUUUUUACUGGUUGAGGCUUUAUCAAAGAGGCCACUUCUGCAUUUGUAAAGAUUUUAUUUAUAUGAAAAGCUGCCAGUUUUUAUAUGAAGCUUUAGUGACCUAGAAAAAGGAAGUGUGCGCUUUUAGAAGGGGGAAAAAAGCAAAAACAUACAGCACAGUCCUCCUUUUAUAAUUUUUUUUGUAUUUUUUGUUUUUAUUGUAUUUUUAUUUAUGGUUCUUGCUGUACCUUGUGUAUAAAGUCCUUUCUUUCUGGACUAUUCACUAGAUAUUGAACAGUGAUGUAUCCAUUACUUCCAGAAACUUAUUGAAGUUAAUCUAAAAGGCCUUGGUUGGGAUAGAGAUGUCAGUGCCAGUCAGCAAAGGUCUUCACAUAGAUAUUGAGAAACCAUUUCUGUAUAGGCAUUGCUUUGCAUUGGCUUGUCAUUCUUUAAUUAAAAGCCAUUCCCAAACUGCCCUUUAUGGAUGGAAGAACAGAAUUGUUGUGACUAUUUGUGUUAAGGUGUCCCUCCGUUAGAAGUUAGGGGCCUCCGAACAGAAACUGUAAAAGCAACAAACUAUUAUUACUUCUACUCAAAAUUUGCAGGUGGUACUUGACGGGCACCUAUUAAAUCCAGCAUCCUUAUUGGUGUACCCGAUGAAUUGAUUCCUCACUCGAGAGGGUGCACUUUCACUAAUGUCAAGUCGUUGGAGACUUUUAUAUCUCUCUGGCUUUCAGCGUUAUGUUGGCUCACAUUAUGGAGGAAACGUGUUACAUUAAGCUCCCAACAAAUUAGUUUUUGGUGUGAUGUUCACUUUGGGGACCGUAUUCAGUGCUUAGUGAGAACUCCAUCCAAAUAAAAAAAAUAUAUGUUACUCUCUCUUUAAAAACGAUUACAUCAUGGUCAUGCCAAACACUGGCUUACCAUUUGUCUAAUCUUGCUGUUCCUAAACAUGUGUCAAUUCAGCAUUCAGUAACUGUAUCUCCAGUUAGAUUUCUAACAGGGCAGAAAUGUGAUUAACCCCUUAAGGACCAAACUUCUGGAAUAAAAGGGAAUCAUGACAUGUCUCACACGUCAUGUGUCCUUAAGGGGUUAAAAAGAUGGCAUCCUUGAUUGUCCUGUUAAAUGCCACAGAUAUUAAAUGUGUUAUUUUAAAAUAACCUAUUGGCAAUAGGUAACUUUUAGUGCACCACUAAUGCUUCAUUUUCCUUUUUGUUUUCUCCCCAGAUUGACCUUGUGCAGAUUAAACAAGCCUUCACACAAAUGUACCAAAAAACACUUGCCACGAUGGUUUCAAGUGAUACCACCGGCGACUACAAACGUCUGUUGUUAGCCAUUUGUGGCCAGUAA